GUCAGUGACAUCUGACUGCAGAGAGAAGGGAAGAGGGAGGAAUAACAGAGACACAGGGAGAGCAAAUGGAAAGAAGACUCACAAAGGCAAAAAGAGACAAUCUUGAGGAGAGGGACAGGUAGAGACAUACUGCCCAUUGGAGGCAGGUCUGCCAUAUUAUAGAUACAGUCAAACUUCCACCUUAACCUGAUUAUCUGCUCCCUGUGACCAGCCUACAAACAGCAACACAUUAUCCCUGACAGAGACUGACAGCAAGGGCAGCAAGAGCAGGGAGUCUGAUCUCUCAGCGGUGACACUACUGGCCCUGGCCAGCCCAUCAUUGGCCAUGGACACCCAGGCUGGAGAGGAAGGCUCAGGGGGUAAUGGCAGAGGAGGACCUGUGCUGCACAUUGUGGUGGUUGGCUUCCACCACAAGAAAGGGUGUCAGGUGAGCAGAACUGUGCUGUGCCCCCCACCAAUACAUUAGUCCCCAGGGUGCACCUGCUCAUCCACAGUAUGCACCAGCUACAGAAAAUUAAACUUGAGGCAUGAAUGUAUAUGAGUCACACCCCCUGCCUUGGUGUGUCUGCUCCUAUGGUGCUCUUUAUAGCAGCACAAGGUUUAGGUGUUUCUUUCAAUUCAUUGCAAUCGUUUGUCUCUAGAUGAUUCUCUCUUUGAAAUAUUUAUACUUUGCUAGUUGUCAAGUCAGAUCUCUUCCCAGUUCUAUAUGUUUUUUAAUUUACAGUUGACGAUGGUAUUGUUUUGUGCACCGAUUAGCAAUAUUACACAGUAGCGUUUAUUAAUAUGGUUGAAAAAUAUAGUAACGUAAGUGGAUUAAGGGAUUUCCUUAAAAAUACACUGUAAUAUAAAUCAAACCCUGGGCACUUAUAACUAUUAGUUUUACAGUAUAUCUCCCCCUUUUACCUGUAGAGAUUUGUAUGUGCAUUUCUUCUGAAUUCCCAAGUGGACAUAUUUGCCCUGUAGCACAUUCUGUAAGUUGUUCCAUCAAGGUUGGGUGUUUUUCACUCAUCACCUUAUGUCCUUGUAUAUUUACCUUACAUUUUAUUUUCACGCAGAUUGUGUACUUACAAGAUGCUUGUUCUUGCUUUCAGAAAUGCAUCAGUUACUAUUCAUGCAGGCUAUCCUUCAGUACUAGUGGUGCUUAUUCCCAAGUAUCUGUCUUUCAAUGGCUAAGAGGCUUGUGGUUAAAAAUCAAGAUUUAUUUUCUGACCCUAAUGUAAUAUACAAUUGGUUUGUUUUGUAAAGUGUUUAUGUGGAUAAUGUUAGCAUGUUUUAUUUUUUUUACCCAUUAUGCUUUUACUUAUUUUAUGGUAUCAUGACUGGACUUUUUGUCUGGAAUUAUUAAAAUAACUGAAAAUAUUUUCCAUCACCAUUAAAACCUUUAUAUGCCUAGAUAUUUUUUAUUGUUUUACAAAGCAAACAUAUACUGCACGGUGUAAAGGUGUUUAUUCCUGAAUGAGUAUAGUUUUAUUACAGUAGUGUAAAAUUUAUUCUCACAGAGAUGACUUAUUAUUAUAUUUGUAAACUUUCGUAUAGGAAGGGCCUCUAGCACGUUGUUGUUGUUGUUGUUGUUGUUGUUGUUAGCUGAUGAUUUGUAGUGUAUGAUAUGGAAAAAUAUGUAGUGAUUCUUACCUCCAGCAGGAUGUAACAUGUAUGGUGUAGGAUGCUGCAAGUCUUUUGCAUUUGUGUGGUACAUAUGCACAUGAAACAAAUGUAAUAAUUCCAAAGGUGAAAAGGGGGUGGUUAUGCUGUAAAUUAGUUGCACAUUUUGUCAAACUUACUUCCACUUAAUAAUGGGGGGGGGGUAAAAGUUAUCAUUUUGAAGAUAGUUUGACACCAUUUUGAAUUGCUUUCAUCCACAACAAUGUACUAAAACUGCUGUCUCAAAUAUCUUAAGUACAAAACUCUUUUUUUUUUUUAUUUCUGGCACAAUCCUUGUUUAUGAACCGAUGGACACUGUUUUAAAAAAUAAAUAAAUAAAAAAAAUAGAGGGAAAAUAUUAAGUUAAAUAACAUUUAUGUACUUCUAAAGAUGUUCAUAUAAUGCUACAAUGCUAAUCUAAUUUAUAAAACUGAUGCUACACAGAAGACAUAUUUCACUUCCUUAGAAACUGGAAUGAAAUUAGUAGGCACAUAAUACUCAAGACCUUCUUUUAGAUACUGCAUAGACUAGUUGUUGUCAGGGCAAUAUUUGCCGUGAUUGUUAGAUAAUAUAUGAUACUUAUAUAACAAUAGAUAGUGACACCAGUCGGUUGUGGUGUGAUGGAAUCGACAAGGCAGUAGGCCUACAAUAAAGAGGGUCCACCUUAGAGGGUGAUGUGACGAAAGGGAGUGGUAGGAGGGGUCACUCGCCAGACCAACAAUGGUAGCCCUUAUAUAGGGGACCCAAGCCCCUCCCACAACUACAGGCCCAGCCUUCAAUUUGUCAAAAUGAUCUGCAGGUUCAUCAACUGGUGUGACACCAGUUUAUCAUCAUCAUGAAGUAGAAUCUUAGAAACUGUUACAAGUGGCACUGCCAUACAGUAUAAGCAGUGCAUCAAACCAAUUUAUGCAUCUAUACUCUCAGGUGAUAACACAGGACUGGUGCCCUGCCAUAUCCAUUACUCCUGCUGGGGUAAAGUAGUUUAAUUUGCAUCUAAUUAUGACACCUUUAUGCAUUAUACUAUGGCAGGUGAUGUAAAUGUUGUGGGAUCUCGUAAUCUAAGAGGAACAAACUAUUUGAUGACCCUGACAAGUCUGCUUUAAAUAGAUCAUAACCCUCUUUGCAUAUGACUGGCAAGUGUAUAUCUUAAAAAUAGAAAGUCUGAUUAUUUAUUCUUAUGAAUUAGGGAAUUACAAAUUGGGUGUUGUGUGCAAAUUUCAUAAUCCCAGCGCAUCAACAUAUAAUCUAUGAAUUUCUCAAACCAUCUUUUGAUUCAUGCAUUUUGACUAGCACACUGCCAGAGGCAUUUUUUUUUUUUUUUGCAUUACAGCUGCACUCUAAAGCCAUAAAAAAGUACAUUGUAAAAAAUGCCACUGUACUAUAUAAAUGCUUUAGAUUUUUAGUGUUUGCAAAGCUGUAAAAAUGUAGAGAAUGGGAGAAAAAUAUUGAAACCUAUAUAUGUUGGUGUGUGCAUGAAUGAUCCAGUUGAUCAAUUUUGUACUUCUUUUAAUAUUGUUGUGCUUUGAAGCUAAUGGAGAAUUCACUGGGCAUGAUUUACAAGACGCCUCCACUACAGUUACACUGUAGUUUAAUGAACUUGGCCUAAUCAAAACGUUUUGGUGUAUAGAUCAUGCCCCUGCAUUCUCACUGCCCAUUUAGGAGUUCAAUCACUUUAUUAUAAUAAUAAUAAUAAUUUGCAAUUUUUAUAGCGCUUUUCUCCCUGUGAGACUCAAAGCACUUUACAAAUAUACAAACAAAAAGACAUAAAAGUUAGGAGUUUCUGAAGGUCAGAUAAGCAGACUGAAUUCCUGAUGGAAGAGAUAUCUAAAGUUUAAUCUUAUCUUCUUGCACAUUUUUAUUCUCUAAUAAUGGUCUACUCAACCCUGCAGGAGCCUCCUUUGGGUGAUUAAAGUUCAAUUUACAGAGUAAGAAAUAUAAACUUCUAAAGUAAGUUAACAUCUGAUUGAAGCCAGCGGUGUUCAGCUCCCAAACUAUGGAACUAUGGAACUGAAAACAGACACUUAUUGGCGCGAACACCGCUGAGCCGCCAGCCUCCUUACCUUCUCAUUCGGUAAUUUAACCAGGUGAACAGCACCACCCCAGAUAGCUAAGCAAUGGAGCCUAUUCGUGUAACGAAAGACUAUGGGAAAGACUUUGGCUCCAUGGCGAUUGAAAUGUAUGUAUGUUAUCUGAGCGCCAUUCGGUAUUCGCAGUAGAAAGAGGGAAGUGCUCAUGCCAUUGUACAGAACACUGGUGAGACCUCACUUGGAGUAUUGUACACAGUACUGGAGACCGUAUCUUCAGAAGGAUAUUGAUACCUUAGAGAGGGUUCAGAGAAGGGCUACUAAACUGGUUCAUGGAUUGCGGGAUAAAACGUACCAGGAAAGGUUAAAGGAUCUUAACAUGUAUAGCUUGGACGGGGGGAUAUGAUAGAAACAUUUAAAUAUAUAAAGGGAAUCAACACAGUAAAGGAGGAGACUAUAUUUAAAAGAAGAAAAACUACCACAACAAGAGGACAUGGUCUUAAAUUAGAGGGACAAAGGUUUAAAAAUAAUAUCAGGAAGUAUUACUUUACUGAGAGGGUAGUGGAUGCAUGGAAUAGCCUUCCAGCUGAAGUGGUAGAGGUUAACACAGUAAAGGAGUUUAAGCAUGCGUGGGAUAGGCAUAAGGCUAUCCUAACUAUAAGAUAAGACUAGGGAGUAAUGAAAGUAUUUAGAAAAUUGGGCAGACUAGAUGGGCUGAAUGGUUCUUAUCUGCCGUCACAUUCUAGGUUUCUAUGGUAGUAAUGUGCGCUCAGUACUAAGCUAUCUGGGGAUAUGUAGAAUGUCUUAUGUGUUAUGUAGUAAAUGUAACUGUAUGUAAUUUUAUGUCUUUUACUGUCUUUUUAAUACCAUGUGGUUAAUGGAGUCUUGCCUCUGUCCUUGGAGAUAAUUGGAUUACUUCCCAAUUAUCUCCAGGACAGAGAGGAGGGAUUGUAAUGCAUUGCGGGAUGGUUGAAAUGUGUAAGUCUGUGAUUGGCUCUUGUACCCUUUGUGUCUCAGUCUCCCAUCUGGUCCCCUAGGGGAGUGUCCACCAGGUGGGAGACCUGCAUAAAAGCCAGGCAGUUAGCCCCAGUAAACCAGAUUCUGCUUGACCCUCAAAACGAAGUGUCGUCUCGUCUUUGGGGAGAUUUCCUGUAUGCUGUUAGAGACUGAUUGCCAGGAGUGUAAGCCGCUUGGGUGCUUUUCCUGUUCGUCUGCUAACAGCUAUUCGUGUGUCUCCAGUUCGGGAGUUUGGAGUGCUACUUGGUAUGCAGUUCAGGAGUUUCGAGUAUUCCCUUGGUUGCAGUUCGGGAGUUGGUGAAUUCGUGGGUUUGCAGUUCGGGAGAUUGGUGCUUGCAGUAGCUGUCUGUGCAUCUGAAAGGGGAAUAUCGCCUAAACGGUUUUUAACCUCUUGUGGUCAAAACGGUCCAUUACAAUGACCACCCUCUUUGGCUGAUAGAGUAACCAUAAGGUUAUCUCUCAGCCAAUGAGUGCUGUCUUGAGCUUUUGUUUUAAAAUAGUUUGACAUCUUACCAUGGGAUAAAACCAGGGCACUCAUGUCACUAAAACCUCUACGUCAGGCGGUUGUAGUUAUCGUGCUUGGAGUAUACUUUACACACACAAGAAAGAAAAUGGGGGUAAAAAAAAGUCAACCUCUUUAGACAGGUCUCGUAAUUUAAAUUCUUGAAGGGGCUCUCCGGGCAUUAUAAUUGCUUCAUAUAUUUGAAGUGGUUAUAGGGCUGGUGUCUCCUGGAGGCCUGAGCUUCAAUGGGCAUCCGUGAUUAGCUGAGAGUGUCAACUGACUAUCACAUUUGCCUGUUCCUGGUAUUAUUUAAUUUGUCUAAGGAUCUCUGCCUUAGCCAUACCUCUAGUGGGGAUCAAAGACAAUCAUUCAAUGUUAAACUCCUUGAAAAUGGUUUAACACUAAAUGAAGGAUUACGUCAGGAGACUCGAGGCACUAGAACACAUUGAGAUGAAAUGGUUAUAGAAUCCAUUUUAAAAGAACACUCAAGCACCAUAAACACUGUGUGCAGUAUUGGUACCGAUAGUGCACUGGUGUCCACCAUUUUAAAGAGUAAAGCCAUUUUAGAAUGGUUUGAUUUCUUACCUGGGGUCUGCCAAGCACUGUUCCCCACCUCCAUUACUGCCCAGUAAGUACCAGAAGCUGCUUUCACUAAACUAUGCCUGCUCUCAGCCAGUGUGCCAGCCCUGCAUGGCUUAGUUCAGGAGAAGCAGUAGAAGCUCCUUCCAGCUAUCAGUAAGAAUAUGGUGAGCAGUGUCCAGUGGACAUCAGGUUAAAAGAAAGUAGGUACUGAUUUAAAAUGGAUUGAUUUUUUUUUACAACUGCUUGGACUUUUCCUUUAAGUUAUUAGCAAGGUUCACUAUCUGAAAACACCACAUUUAGUUUGUUAUUAAAGUACACAUGCCACGUCCAUGUAUAUGGGUGCAGAGAUAAACGUGUGGACUGUAUGUGUUAUCGCAGUGAUGUUAUAAUGUGGAGGGUUAGUGUUUGAAUAAAGAGGGUAUACUACUCAUUAGAAGACAAUUCUAUCCUCCUCCCCACUCACAGAAGUAGGCCAUUCUCCCCCUUCCCCAUUACCAGUAGUAGGCUAUUCACCCCAUUCCCCUCUCUGUCCCAAGUUGUAGACAAUUCUCCCCCUUACUCUCCGGGCUUCCAAUGGUAGGUCAUUCUACUCCUCCCCUCCCUGUUCCACAUAGUUGCCCAUUUUUCCUAUUGCCAGUUCAGUAGUAGCAUCUGGAUAUUAACCUGACAAUAAAGGCAUUCAAUUGCAUGCUUACUUCUGGUAAGCUAAUAAUGCGUUGUCUCAAUGUCAUAUGUAAUAGAGACCUCCAUCACUGUGUUAUCAGCAUAGGGGUGUGAUAUAAUCUUCAGGUAUUGAAUGCUUAGGAAAGCCUCCAGCAGGCUUUUUUUUUUUUUUUUUUUUGUAAGGGACCAAAUAAAGCCCUGUCUAUACCAGCAAAUACUGGCAUAACUAAGACUCCAGGACACUUGUGUCAUCUAACAUGUGCAAAAACAUCUGCCAUUACUAAUAAAAUUAGUGGUGAUGAUGAUGUACCUCAUACAUCAUCCGUCAAAAAACAUGAUGUAUGAUUUGUUUGCAUUCUUUCAUUAGGCACCUGCACAUAAUUUAGAAAUAACUCAUCAGACUUACACUGCACAAUUACUAGGAUAUGUUAUCACACACACACCUUUUGUUUAUGAGCAGUUAACAUGUAAUUGUUAUCCCUUCAUUACUGGUCAAUCCAGUGUAAUACGACUAGGUUUUAAUCCCUCUGUCCUCUUAAUAUAUUAGGACAUUACAAAAUGUAUGUCAGGCUGACAUGCAGCAAUAUGGGUUAGGACUUUGUAUACUAAACUUCUAGUUGUAAUAAAUAGCCAAACCCUCAUUUUGUUUUCUAGAGAAAUAUGUUUCAGUCUAUGGUAAAAAGUAAUUAUCAGUAAAAUCAAUGAAUCGUUGAGAUGUAAUAACCAACUUGAUGCAAUUUUAUUUUCCUUAUAUCAUUGGUAGUUGUACAAAUGUAUUCUGCAGAUUUGUAACCAAGACGAUGAUCCUAUGUGCAGUGUUCAGAUUGUGACUUAGAGGUUUCUGUAACAAAUAAAGUUGCUGUGAUAGGAGCUCAGUAUUUUCCAGCUUUGACCAGCCUUGAUCUUGCAAUAGUACAGCACGAUGCAAAUCCAAAUUUGUUUGCUCUCUAAAACACAACAUUUUGUGCAUGUCAUCAGCUGAGCACCCAGGCAUAGACAUCUGCUAUAUUAUACCCUUUCCUCACUAUGUUUUAUUGUCUUAUUCAUGCAUUUCCAUUUAGUAUCACAGAAGAAAGUGUUGGGGAUUUAUUAAAGGAUCACUAUAGGGUCAGGAACACAAACAUGUAUUCCUGACUCUAUAGUGUUAAAACCACCAUCUAGCCCCCCUGAGCCCCUCAUGGCUCCAUAAAUAUAGUAAAAACCUUACUGUAUUCAAGCCAGAAGCUGUAACUCUGCAUGCUGUUAGACUCAGAAAAACAAACAGUCUACUGACAUCAUCAGAAAUGGUAGCCUUAUCUAAUCACAAUGCUCCCCCAUAGGAUUGGUUGAGACUGACAAAGAGGCAGGUCAGAGGCAGAGCCAGCAUGAUUUAAACACAGCCCUGGCCAAUCAGCAUCUCCUCAUAGAGAUAAAUUAAAUCAAUGAAUCUCUAUGAGGAAAGUUCAGUGUUUGCAUGCAGAGGGAGGAGACACUGAAAUGCAUUUUAGGCAGCCAUCUUAGGAGUGACCAGUGAAGUUAUCAGUAGGCUGUAAUGUAAACACUGCUUUUUCUCUGAAAAGACAGUGUUUACAGCAAAAAGCCUGAAGGUAAUGAUUCUACUCACCAGAACAAAUUCAAUAAGCUGUAGUUGUUCUGGUGACUAUAGUGUCCCUUUAAGAUGAUUAUCAUAUCCUCAUUGGAAUAAUAGAGUAGGCACUACAUCUGGUGUUUUGCCUCUGCCAGAACAUUGCAUUUAGCCUAAAUAUGCUGAUAAAAGCUACAAUAUUGUUGGAUAUAUAUAUUGGGCAUACAUGACUUAUAUUGACAAAAGAGUAAUUACACUCCAUACCCAACUAUAGCCUUGAUUGUAAUAUUUUAGGAUUAGAUUUUUAGAUGAUUUAUUACUUUUAGAUAAACUUUUGAAAUAGUAUUUUUUUGUUUUAAAUAUCAAAAAUACAUUUAUAUAUUAACAAUCUAAAUAUUUUUCAAAAUGUUAAAAAAUGUAAAAGUGUUAUUCACAUUGAUAAUAUUUGAAAGGCUUAUUCAAAAAUAUUACAUUGAGGCCCUAGGUAAAAUCUACAUUGUUGCAAAUUUUGACAAGAAAACAGAAAAAGAAUGUUACAUGUAACAAUGAAAGCUUUACAGGCUUCCACUGACUGGAUAUUUUAUAACAUCCACAGUGACCAAAAAGCCCAAAGUCUGAAGUAGGAUACUUUCCAGACACUUUAACCUCUGGCUGCUGGAGUCCAGCCCUGUCUCCUUUGAAUGAAGUAUGGCAUGGGCCACCUUAAGGAUAUCUUUCACACCAGGGAACAAAGCUGCAGAAGCAAUAUCAUAGCGGAGGUACUUGAUGUAAAACAUGUGCAUGUAAACCACAGCAGUGUUUAUGCUGAGCUGAGAGACAUCAAGCCACUGGCCCAGGUCCUGAAUCAGGCUUGCAGCCUCUUGGCGGCAUAGGAUCUCCUUGUCCGAGUAACCCCAUACCACCUGGAUGGGAUAUUAUUCAAUUGCUCUUGGUUAAAGAGCCAACACUCUGCUGGAGGUCCAUAUUCUAUCUCUAUCAUCACUUCUCCUUUUAAGCGGUGCUUCAGACUUAACAGAUGUGUCUUCAUAGCAUUGAUGUCAUAGACAUGACAAGAUUCCACCAAUGGGGGCAGCUUUACUGUGUUCCAUUUCCAAGGAAACAUAACUGAUAAUGAAUAGUAGCAGAUACUUUAACUCCUUCAUGAUGUUGUGAUGGUAAUAGCAGUUACUACUUCUUCUCCUAGAAUUAGCAUAAUGUCUUAAUGUGCUUUGCUUUUGUAGUAUAGUUUAUUUUAGUCAUAUUCUGCAAAAAUAAAAGCAUGAUCGUAAACAUGGCAUCAUACUACACAAAUGAUAUAGGCCCACAGUAGCAAUUACAUGUUUAGUACGCAGAAAGAGUUUUUAAUGAUUAUACUUGUUCAGUACUUUAAAAUUAUUCUAUGGAUAAUUUACUGCUGUAUUUAUUGGAGAAAAGUCCUUUUUAUAAAAUUACUAUCCUUUUCCCUCCCAUUAAUGUUAAUUGUUAUAUUUCUCAUUUGUUAAUUAAUGUGAACAUUUAGCAAAACUGAAUAUAUCUCUCAUGUAUUCCUACACAGCAAUUUGACCAUCAACACGGAAACUGCUUUAAGCAUAAUUUCCUGUAGGUAUAAAAAAAAUCAAGAAAUCUACUUAAGCACACACACAUACUUCAUGAUAUUUCAAAGGUGUUGACUAAUUUGUUAUUUCACACCUAUCAGAAGUUUAAAGAGGGUGUGUAGUGAAGAUGUGAUAUGCGUGGUGCGUUAAAGGAAUUGUUCCAGAAGUGUUUGAGCAAAGGAAUAUCUUAUAUUCGGUGUCUCUCAUCUGCCCCCCACCCCGCUCCUACCCCCACACCCUCUCUCUCCCUCCCUCCUGUCGAGCCAUGGCACAUUUCUUGUAUACAGAGACCUCAGAUUGAGGUUAGCAAUCAGUUAUGCAGUAGUUCUUCCUAGCUUGUUUCCACAAAGACAAGAGUCCAAGUAGCAGACGUGAACUAGCUCAAGUUAUUGUAGCUUGUGACAACUCUUCUAUACAUAAUAUAAGUACAACCAGCACCCAAUAUGUAUCUAUCUACUACAAAACAAAUGACAAAUAAAGAACACAAGCCACUUUGACAAAGCACAUUAAUUAUGCAUUGUUUUCACCUUUAAUGUGUCAUGUGUAUCUGGAUCCAGAACCGUGCCUCGGCGUAUACAUGUAGAUGCCGUUCUAUAUUCUGCCGUAAUUCAAUGAGGUCAGGUUUAUGAACCAGAAAAUUACAAAGCCUAUCUGUUUUGAACAUGAACCAGGAGUUCUUAGUGACUUAUACACAGCAAGAAAGCUUAUAAACCGAAAAUAAAACCGUCUAAGCGAUUGGAGAAGGAAAUAUAAUUGUGAAUGUCAAUGAACAACUAAUCACACCUGUACUUAUGGGGAGUAAAGUGUUAUAGAGUACCAGGUUAAAAAUGGAUGCCAGCAAGUAAACACUAUUAGGAUUAUAAAAAUAGCCAACUGUUGGAAUCCCAUUUCUGAGCACCUAGUAAUGUUUAGACAAGCAAGAAAAUUGAAUCUUAUACAUACAACUGUGGUUUUUCAUGGUUCUUUAAUCACAUUCAUUACAUUAUAAUAUACAUUAAUAAUCAUAAAGGGACAUUACUUUUCCCCUUAGUAAAUUAGGCAUUUUUGUUCGCACGUGUGAAUAAUGCUGCAAAAACGCUGUGGCUGGGAGAUAUGCUUUAUAAUAUAGUACAUCCCAGCUAUCAGAGGCAUGUCAGCUGUUUUUUUAACAUACAUAAAUUAAAGGACCACUCUAGGCACCCAGACCACUUCAGCUUAAUGAAGUGGUCUGGGUGCCAGGUCCAGCUAGGGUUUUACCCAUUUUUUCAUAAACAUAGCAGUUUCAGAGGUUAAGCCUUCCCCUAUUUCCUCUAGUGGCUGUCUCAUUGACAGCCGCUAGAGGCGCUUGCGUGCUUCUCACUGUGAUUUUCACAGUGAGAGCACGCCAGCGUCCAUAGGAAAGCAUUAUGAAUGCUUUCUUAUGUGACCGGCUGAAUGCGCGUGCAGCUCUUGCCGCGUGUGCGCAUUCAGCCGACUGGGAGGAGAAGAGAAGGAUCGGAGGAGGAGAGCUCCCCGCCCAGCGCUGGAAAAAGGUAAGUUUUAACCCCUUUCCCCCUUCCAGAGCUGGGCGGGAGUGGAACCCUGAGGGUGGGGGCACCCUCAGGGCACUAUAGUGCCAGGAAAACGAGUAUGUUUUCCUGGCACUAUAGUGGUCCUUUAAGAAAGCAUUUAUUCUACUACUUAAUUGAACUUUAUUUGGAAACCCAAGGUGGCAAUGCAACCCUAUACGGGGUAGCUUACCUCUCAAGGGAUCCAAAUAGACACCUUAAAGGGCACUCCAGUGGGUGUCCUGGGGCUUAACCCCUUGUUAGUAAACCAAAAAAGAAACAAAAACCCAGAUCACUGAAAAAACAUUCAGCGACAAGUGUUUUUGAACUGGAAUCAACAAAUGACCUGAAAGAUGAAUAACUAUAAUAAGCCAAAAUAAAAGGGUCUAUUAGAUCCAGACCUUCGAGACUUACAAAAGUGUAGUGAUAAAAAACAUAAGCCUUUCGGCUAAACCUCUCUUAAAUCCACCGUAUUGAAUCAAAAUUUGCAAGACUCUCUGACUUUAUUAAUAAUUAAAUGUGUCACAGUCUGCAUGAUUCAUAUAUUUUUACCUUAAUAGAGUUACGGGGAGCAUCCCUAAAAUUGCUAAAGUGACCAUAGAAUUGAAAAGGAUAGGUAACUAAGAUAUAAGCAGUUAAACGUCCACUCAGUGAAAGACCAUUCAAACCAUUCGGUCUCACUGUACCGUGUGAACAAUAUAAUAUCUGCUUCUGUUGCCAAUAUAUAUGAAGUCAACUGUAGAAAAAAGUAUCUAGUCAGAAUAAGUAUACAGUAUCUAUUUAAAAGAUAUAUGUAUUCAGCCAAUUGGAAACAAAUUCAGAUACUGAUAUAAAGCUUGUGCAAAACUGCUAGACACAAAUAGGGAGCUUGAAGAGAGGAAAAAGAAAAAAGAUUAAACUAAAUAGUAAUCAAGGGCAGAACCAUACUUAGAGUGUUGGUUACCUGCCCUUAGUGUAAGGUGCCCAGUGCGAAAAAGUAAAGUGAAAAGUGACAGGAAAACCCUCCGUAACUCUAUUAAGGUAGAAAUAUAUGAAUCAUGCAGACUGUGACACAUUUAAUUAUUAAUAAAGUCAGAGAGUCUUGCAAAUUUUGAUUCAAUACGGUGGAUUUAAGAGAGGUUUAGCCGAAAGGCUUAUGUUUUUUUAUCACUACACUUUUGUAAGUCUCGAAGGUCUGGAUCUAAUAGACCCUUUUAUUUUGGCUUAUUAUAGUUAUUCAUCUUUCAGGUCAUUUGUUGAUUCCAGUUCAAAAACACUUGUCGCCGAAUGUUUUUUUCAGUGAUCUGGGUUUUUGUUUCUUUUUUGGUUUAUUCUACUACUAACUGCAUUUUUCACUUAUGUUUAAUUGUAUCAGAAGAGUUCAACCACUGGUUUCAGCUCAUGGGUCUAGGGUCAUGAUCAAUCUCUUCCCCCCUGAUGUUGCUGAACUACAACUCCCAUGAUUCCCUGGCUAUCUGUUUCAUUAAAAGAAUCAUGGGAACUGUAGUCCAGCAACAUCUGAUGGGCUGCUGGUUGGACAGGCCUGCUAGACUGUAAUUAAUUUAAUUUUUAAUUUCUUUGAGGGGAGGGGGGGAUCCAUCAAGGCAAACAGAGGCUAUUUUGGUGCAAAGUGUUAAAUUAAGGUAACUAUUUUUCAAAAUGACACUAUUUAAUAUUUUAUACUAAGAAUAGCCCCUCUUUUACCGUGAUAAAUCUCUAACAUUGUAAGUAGUGCAUUAAAGCUCAAAUUUAAAUUUUUUAUUUUUUUUACUUUUUUUUUUUUUUUGCAGGUACUCCUUCUGUUCACAGAUUCUUGUGAUAAAUAGUAACUUUUUUUUUUGUUUUGUUUUUUUGACAAUCUUUAUUUUUGUUUUAUUUUUUUGAUGCCAAACAGUGAUGUGGCAACAUAUAAUGUAUAACAAUUAUAACAUGCCUGUGAAACAGUAGGUAUGCAUAGCGUCUCAAGGAAAACAAUUUCAGCAAAACAGUGGUUGUAUUUAGUGCUGCGAUGUUGUUAUGUAAGUGGCUAAGCUAGGAGCACUGUCCUUUGCAUUAAUGUGGCCUCGUGUAGCGUACCCUUUCUAAAUGCCCCCAGAGUUAGGGUCAUCUUCGAUGUUGCCGUCUCGAAAGGCUAGUGCUAGUGUUUGCUGAGUGUGCCCCUGCUCUACUACUUGUUGUAGUCUACAUGCUAGCAUGCGGUUAGCUGAGCCUAUGCCCGCCUGUCCGUGCUCCUACAAAAUUUUUGUCUUGACUUGGGGCAGCGUGUGCGGAAAGGUAGGAACGGCCCGUCUUGUCCCGUUAGGCAUCUCGGGCUGUACCGGCCUGCUCGAGGCAGCUGCGCCCAUUAGAUGGGUAUCUGGCCGACCAGGCGUGUCUCCGCCCUCAUCGCUUCACCCCCCAGGCCCAGACGAUCCCCACCCACCCCCGACCCAUCCGGUAACUUUUUUUUUGUACUAUAACCAAUACAAGGAACUUCUUUUUUGCUUAAUGAUCCUUUUAAUCUGAAAUGAGUCAUUAUUAGAACAUACACCCCACCGCACCAAGAUAAUCUAUAUACUAAACACUGUAAAGAUAAAUUGUCAGUUUACUUAAUGUUAAGUGGCAUAAACUUUGUAGGAUGCUGGUGUGGCCUUUUACAAGCUGUCAAUGUCCUAGGGGUAGUAAUAGUGGUUUUCAAGCAGAGGUUAAAGUUCUGGAAUGAAUUAGGGUUUAUUCUGCAAAUGCAGAAUAAUGUUUUUUGCUUAAAUACUGAAUAGACAUUUAGUUUUGUGUUCCACUUUUCCCCUUAUUUUAGCAGGUGGGUUUCUAAUUGCAGUAUUAGAAUGAAUAUUUAAUCUUAUUUGAUCUUUCGCUGCAUGACUGUCAUUAGCAAGGUCUGCAUCCCCCGAUGUAAAACAAAGCAGACUAAAGUGAAUUCACAAAUGACAUAGAUUGUAAGAAAAGCUUGUCUUCAGGCUAUAUUUAUGAAGAAAUAUCUCUUCCCAGGGGGUUUGCAGUUACUGGAGCAACAGGUGGAAAGGCCAAGCAUGCUUGCUUUUAUAUAUUUUCUACCUGCCCUGACACACGACUCCAUGUCAUGCUCUGCACUCCCUCUGUUCUGCAUGUAUAGGUUUUCUUUUCUUUCUUAUUUCAGUGGAUUUGCGACAUAUGUCAACCAUGGGAUAUAGUUGCUAUUGUUCUGUAAUACCUGCACAAUUUAGAGGGAUAAUAUAGUGCCAGUAGUGCAAAGUUGAUACACACAUACACACACUGACACACAUACAGAAACACACAGAUACAAACACUGACACAUUGAUUCAAGGGAGCUCUACAAGGCAAUGCCAAUUUGGCUUAGAUUGUCAAGUUUGAUGAUCUCAUCCAAGAAGGCAGAGCAGGAGCAGGGCCAGCCACAAGGAGACCUGCACGACUCUAGAAUAAAGAUGAGUAAAAUCACCCUUUACUUUGCUGACAGGGGGGCGGUCAACUACAUUAUGUUUUCACAACUGUAGUGACAGGAAUACAAACGUUUGUAUUCUUGUCAUUAUAGUGUUACUUUAAGGACAGAAGCAAUUGUCCACAAUCUCAACCAAAACAAAACCUUGAAUGUGAGUUAUGUGUCUGUUCAUAUUUGUAUGCUGUUAUGUCCCAGUAGUAAAACGAUGUACAAGUACAGGUUUCAUGGUGUUUUGUCAGAUUGGUUUGCAAGGCCUACGUUGCCUUUAAGACCAUAUGGCAGACCAGGAAUUAAAACUACCCCCAUCAAAGCAUACCAUUUGCAAAAGUAGACAACUGAAAAUCGGUUAUAUUCAUUCUUUUAGUAGCCACUUAGUCAUAAACCCUGGUCAAAGUUAGUGUUUCUUGUUUGUUUUGCAUUUUCCACACAAAAAUUGCACUUUCACUGAUGAUGUCAUCGUCACGGUUUUACGGCUCUCAAGCACUCAUAUUUGUGUUCAGCUACGUCUCGAGUAUAACAUUACUCCCCAUGUACAGGGUUUAUGGGGUUUUGGAAAGCCAUUAGGUCAAAUAUUAGGGCAUUCAAUGCAAAUGUUCUGGUAUUUCUACCUGGGUUGUCGGGCAUGUCCCCCAAGAUAUAGUUACAAAAUAAUAUAAUUGUAUAUAAAAUACAUUUAGAAUUACAUUUAUAUAGGCAUCGAGUGAUUAUCGAUUUGGCAUUUUGCCAAUUAUCAGUAUUUGUAUACAAUAAUACCAAAUUGACAAUAAGGUGGGGGGUUCCGCCACCUUAUUGUGCUACUCUCAUUGUAGAGAGGAUUUCUGGCAACCAGCACAAACUAGCUUCUGUUCAUGGCUGAUCAUCUCUCCAAACUCUUACAAGCCUCCAGCCGUCAUAGCAUUGCCGUGGGUUCACUCUAUAAAGUGAAACCCCCUGGCAGCCUGUACAAUACCACUGGACCACUAGGGAAUGUAAUGUCCCCCUCCCUGGUUACAGUUAAAAAGCAUGGAGGGGGUUAUAAAAUGUAAACUAUUUAUAUAUUUUUUAAAAUAAUUUAUUAAAUAUAGUAAAUUAAGUGUGUGUGUGUGUUUUUUUUUUAUAUAUAUAUAUAUAUAUAUAUAUAUAUAUAUGUGUGUGUGUGUUUUGGCCACAGAAUCCUACCCCACAUAUUUAUAUAUACAAACACUAACCCCCCCAUAUUAGCCCUUAAAAAAUAAUAUUGGUCGAUGCCAUAUGUAUAUCAUUAUGACUCAAAUCGGCAUGGUUGACUGCCUCAGCUGUCAGGCAGUCCCUCCGAUCAGAUCCAACAAGGAGGGCUCGAUAUUAAGGGUAUCCUAUGCCGUCCUAAUGAAGUUCUAGCCCUUCUUUUGUAGGAUGGCAUAUUCCGUCCUAGCGUUGGGAAGGGAUCAAGGGCCUGCAAUAUGCUAUGGCAGUGUUUCUCAACCUUUUACGGAGAAGUAUCCUUGCAGGUCUUAAAAAAAUUCCUAAGUAACCCUGUAUCGAGUCAUUUCUAGUGGUUUUAAUUCCAGAUGAAAUGUGUAGACACUGAUAUUUAAGUUAAUUCCAGAUUCAAGAACAAACCUGAUUAAAGAUAGUAAAUAAUAUUUGUAAAAUAAAUUUGACAUAAUGUAAAUAUUGUUCAUGUAAAGAGACAAGUAUGAACUAUUAAUCUGAAGUAUAAAAGUCACAAAAUAAUACUAUAAUGCACACAGAGGACACUGACAUACGCACUUACAUAAAGAGUAACCUGACAGAAAAUAGAACCUCGUUUUAUGUAACUGAAAAUGUGUAUGUAUUUGAAAAUAAAACAAAUCAAUUUCUUGGGUACUUUGUAUUCCUGACAGUUAAAUGGAUACCUCAACCUACAUUUUAUCACCACUGCUAAAGUUAGCCCAUUAUUCUUCUAUUCGGGUCAAAAUUCAACAACAUAUCACCAAACACCAGUGUAGUACUAUGGAUGCCAUCUGCAGUAAAGCAACCCUCCUACAUCUGUUACCAUUUGGAAUUUUGGAAGGACUCUUGUACAAACUAGUGUAAAUAAAUGUAAUUGACUCCAUUUGCUAUAGGUUUUCUCAAUGUUUUUGGAUGCCUAGAUUAUUUGGUUGGGUUAUUACUUACUGUGUUUUAGACACCUUGGACUCUGUUUGUUUCUGUAUAUACAAAUAUUGGCUGGCAGGCGGAAAGCUGAGCCCUUCCUGUCACAUCUAAAACCAGCCAAGGCCAAGAAUGGCCUUGCCCUCACACUCGUCCUUUUCAACCUCUUAAGACCCAGCGCGUAGGCUGCCUCAGAAGAUGACAUCAUUACGCCAGAGGUAGCUUGGAAUGGGGCAAUGCACACACCUGUUACCCCAGAGGUGAGGAGGCAAGCCAAUUUGGCGAGUUCAGCGGCCGUUAGAGGUUGCCUAACUCUCCUAAUUAGACUCCUGCCUCUGCAUGAGUAAUGGCAGGACAAGUCUCUGACUAUUUUGAACUGGAGCUCCAUCAGCUCCUAGCGUACCCCCUGCUUUUGGUAGCACAUCUUAUGAAACCAGGUGCUUGGAUAUCAUCAUGGGAUUUGCCCAACUCUGAUUCAAAAAUUAUAAAGUAGAAAUGUAUAAUUAUCACCAGUUUGCUUUUGGAUGUUCAUAUAAGAUGAAUAUAGAAUUUUUGAACAUAUUAUUAUCUUCAUCCUCCAUGUACUUUCAAUCUUGAAGUGUUCAUAUUAUUUAUUAAAAUUGAGCUGUUAAAGGACCACUCUAGGCACCCAGACCACUUCAGCUUAAUGAAGUGGUCUGGGUGCCAGGUCCCUCUAGGAUUAACCCUUUUUUUUUUUUUUUACUUUUCUCUGAAACUGCUAUGUUUAUAAAUGGGUUAAUCCAGCCUCUAAAGCCUCUAGUGGCUGUCUCAUUGACAGUCGCUAGAGGCGUUUGCGUGCUUCUCACUGUGAAAAUCACAGUGAGAAGACGCAAGCGUCCAUAGGGACUGGCUGAAUGUGCGCGCAGCUCCUGCCGCGCAUGCGCAUUCAGCCGAAGAGGCGGAGAGGAGGAGGAGAGGUGAAUCCUGAGGAUGGGGGCACCCUCAGAGCACUAUAGUGCUAGGAAAACAAGUGUUUUCCUGACACUAUAGUGUUCCUUUAAGCCAAAAGCUGACAUGCUUUUUAAUUUUUUAUUGUCCGUCCAGGGAAACCAGCAGUAAUCUAGCUUUCUGUUUCCUGAGAUUUGUUGAGCAAUAACAGUCUCAUCAAUCCCCUUUUAUAGAAUUACUUCCUGAUUGCAGUGAUAUCGUUAUAAAGCAGCUGAGACCUGGGAUUUGAAGACCAAAGUUCUGUAGGUGUAACUGUAGGUUUGUGUUUGUAUUGGUGGGAAGGGCUCUGCAAAGUUUCUGAUGUGUAAUUAUGUUCUACAAAUAUCUGUGUGAUAUAGUAAAACUGCUUUAGGUAAUAUUUUCAGCUCUGAUGGUCGUUGUUGACUGAGUAAAUUUUGGGUUAUACAUUUUGCAAGCAUGUUGUAGUGGUUAUAGUGUCAGGAUAGCUCUGGGAGCCUUCUAUUUAUUUAUUUUAGCCUGUUUAGGAAUAAAUUGAGCAUUGUAACAUAAUUGGGGCCCUCUCUGUUUUCCUUUUGUUCUAUUGCUACCAGGGCCGGACUGGGGAUUCCAAAGCAGCCCUGGAAAAAAAAAAUCUAUGCCAGCCCCAUAAAUCAUUGCGUCAUAUAUUGUCGCAUGUAAUAUGUAAGGCUAUGUCUUGCCACCCUAGAUGAGAUAUAUAUAUAUAUAUAUAUAUAUAUAUAUAUAUAUAUAUAUAUAUAUAUAUAUAUAUAUAUAUUGCUUUUUCCAAUAUAAAAUAUUGGUCCUUUCAGAGUAAAAUUUUUAAUUAUACAGUAAGCAUACUCACAUGCAGACACAGACAAUCUCACUGACACAAGCUGAUUGAUACACAGCCUCAUAGACAAACAAUCUCACUGAUAUACAUAAGGUCAUUGACAUAAAAACACAAGCUCACUCAGUAGCAGGCACACACGCACACACAACUUAAUGUAGUGGCUCUGGUGUCUAUAGCCUGUCCCUGCAGGCUUUUCAAUGUAAACACUGACUUUUUAGAGAAAAGGCAGUGUUUACAUUGCUUCCUAGUGACAGACACUCAGACGGUCACUAGAGGUGCUUCCUGUGUCAGUGCGGAUUGGCUGAGAUCAUCAAGCUUGAUGAUCUCAGCCAUAGAGGCAGGGCCAGUCGAGGGGAGACCAGCACGACGUGGGGGGAAAAAAGGUGAGUAAAAACACACAUACACACACACAUACCAUGACAGACACACACCAUGACACAGACAGACCGUGACACAGACACACACACCGUGACACAGGCAGACACACAGACACACCAUGACACAGACACACACACACCAUGACAGAGACACACACCUUAAAAAAAGACACACACACACACCCCAUAACACAGACAGACCGUGACACAGACCCACACACGCCACAGACAGACACACACACCAUGACACACACACACCACGACACAGAGAGACACACAUUACAUGACAUACACACACACCAUGACACAGACAGACCGUGCCACAGACACACAUUACAUGACAGACACACAUUGCAUGACAGACACAUGCACACACCAUGACAGACAGACACGCACACACCAUGACACACACAAUGACACAGACACACACAUUACAUGACACACACACACUAUGACACAGACACACACACACAUACUCACACUGACACACACAAUUUCUACCUGUGUGCUGGCGGCCGCAUGGGGAGCUCUGAUGGCGGCCGCAUGGGGGAGCUGGCUCUUCUGGUGGCCGCAGGGGGAGCUGGCUGUUCUGUCUCUGCUCCCCCUCCCCAGCGCACUGCUUAAUGAUGUCAUAUUCCGGCCCCGGUCUCAUUAAGCAGUGGGCUGGGAAGAGGGAGCAGAGACAGAACAGCCAGCUCCCCCUGCGGCUGCCGGAAGAGCUCCCUCUGCGGCCGCAGGUCAGCCAGCUGCCUGCCUGGCCCCAAGUGCCGACGGCCCACCGGGAAAUUUCCUGGUAUCCCGGUGGGCCAGUCUGGCCCUGAUUGCUACAGCAUAUGUAUAAAAGGAACCAGGAGUUGUGUGGGGUAUUAACCACUCUCCCUGUAAAGCUGUCUAUAUGUAAAACUGGUUUCAAUAGCAAUUUGCACUUUUAUAAAUUAACCUUGUUACACCCCUGGCUGUCAAUCAGAAAACUGGUCCUGUUACAAGGAAUUGUUCUUUAGCUCAGUGGGCUGCAGUGGACCAUUUUUGGUCUAAAAGUCUGGGCUAAGAAAGAAGGGGUGGGGACUUGCAAUAGAUCUGCAGCCUUUGCAGGACAUAUCUUAAUUGGGGACAUAUCUGUUAGGCAGUGAUUUUUUUUUUUUUGUGUUUUGGACUAAGCAUACUGUAACAUAACUCUACACAUACAGAAAUUAACCCCUCUACUGCCAGAGGUGUAACUCCACUUCUUGCAGGGUUAUAGGAGUGUCAUCAGCCAUCCCAGAGCUAAAGUUCCAGGCUGGCUAAUAUCAAUUCUGUACAACUUUUGUAGCACAGAAUGAAGGUCAAUGACGACCCCGUGGCUUUUUUUCUUCUGCAGUUGAAGCCACAUCACUAGUCCAGUCUACCAGGGAGCUUUGGAGCCCACCAGGUAAGGGGGCAAACCGUUACUAAACUAUUUGCCCCAUUACUAGGGAACCAGACCAUGGUAGUUCUGGCAUUGGAGUAACUUUUUAAACGGACUUUGCAAUAAAGGAAAUUUGAUGUCUCUUUGCAGGCAAUGUGUAGGUCACGUGCAGGGGAGAUGUGGUUAGGCCUAAAUAAACAAAGUGAAUUAACUCCAAAAUGGCAGAGAGUUGAACAGUAACACUGCAGGGCAGAGGUGGAAGGACAACUCACAGCACCCUCAGGUAAUAGGAGAAGGGCCCCCCUACUCUUCUCCCCCUUUUGUGAGGCUCUUUUCUGUGCAUACUGGCUGUGUGAGAGCCACACAGUUAUGACUCCCACACCCGCAUUGCUUCCAAACCAGGCCAGAUUUAGAUUUAAAAGCUUAAUCCAACCAAAAACAGUGCAUCCCCUCACUUUCAGUGCGAUAGGUUGCAGGGAGAAAAUUAUGGCUUUCUAUGAUAUCGCCAGCCAAAGCAUGGCUGUUCAGCCGGCCGGGCCCCUGACUGCCUCGGGCCCUCGAUCCAUGAUCGAUCUGUAAUGGCAUUAUGUAUACACCAAAACCACUCCAUUAAGCUGACGUCCCUAUAAUUCUCAUCAAUUUACAGUUGAAUAAAUGUGCUUGAAUGUCUGAGUUUUGAGACACAAUAACUCAUUAUAUUCCUAAACAGUUAAGUAGCUGUUUUCAUAUAUUUUUUAGAAAAAUAUGUGUGUGUCCAAAAGGGAUUAUCACACACACACACACACUUUUUAUGGAAUAACAUGUAUGGUGUUCCAUGGCAACUAAUUUACCCCAUGGAGCCUCCCCAUUACCUCUAUAGAAUUGAAGCUUUGACUUUCAAAGAGGCAUUCCCGUUUCUAAAAAAAAAAAAAUUUUUUAAAUUGUAUACGGAAUGUGGAAGUAACCUGCAGCUGCAACUGACUAUUAAAGGACCGCUAUAGUGCCAAGAAAACAUACUCGUUUUCCUGGCACUAUAGUGCCCUGAGGGUGCCCCUCCCGCCGGGCUCUAGGGUAAGGAAGGGGUUAAACUUACAUCUUUCUCCAGCGCCGGGCGGGGGACUCUCCUCCUCCGCGGCUGAAUGCGCAUGCGCGGCAUGAGCCGCGCGCGCAUUCAGUCAGUCCAUAGGAAAGCAUUCACAAUGCUUUCCUAUGGACACUGGCGGCUUCUCACUGUGAAAAUCACAGUGAGAAGCGCGGAAGCGCCUCUAGCGGCUGUCAAUGAGACAGCCACUAGAGGCUGGAUUAACCCUAUUAUAAACAUAGCAGUUUCUCUGAAACGGCUAUGUUUAUAGAAGAAAGGGUUAAUCCUAGAGGGACCUGGCACCCAGACCACUUCAUUAAGCUGAAGUGGUCUGGGUGCCUAUAGUGGUCCUUUAAGUGAGUGUUAACUAUUUUACUGAACAUGAAAGCACUAGUCUCUCUGUAAGGUGUCUAUUAAUUAUAUUGUUUGAUGGUCAUGCAUAGGAUCUAGCUUCAUUUUAUUUUAUUUAUUUUAUUCAAGGCACAGAUGUAAGGCCUCCAAAGAGAUAAAUGUAACGUGUCACAAAGUGUCUGCUCAGGAGAGUGAAGGGGCGUGCGUCCAAGUAGUGUGUCUCCUGCAGGAGGAUAAGGUCUGCUUUGGUACGGUUGGCCCAAAGCAUGAGUUGGUCGUUUCAAGUGGUUAUUUAGCCCUUUGCAGCUAAUUAAGAUGCAUGUUAGAUUAGUAGGCAUUGUAGUAUGGGUGGGUGUGUUAUAGCGGGAUAGGGGAGCGGAGAGACCGAUACCCAAGCAACGUGCAGUCCCCCGUCCCCCCAACGAGAUGGUAUUUCAUGUAGCAACCUGAUGAGACCAAUAUAAAACCUAGAACAAAAAACAAAUAGUAGUAACUGCCUGGGAUUAGGGACAAUGAUAUUUUUAAACUAGCAAACAAACACUUUUAAACCGAUAUACAAACCAAAAUAAAGCAAGAAAACCGUUGCAAAUUAUGUAGUAAACUUUUAUAAACUUAGUAAAAAUUUUGUCAGAUUGCAUUAUUGGAUAUGUCUCUCUGCUAGAGGAGUUUCUUCAGCUUCCCCUCCGCACAAAUACCUCUUACCCACUCAGCUCAGUUUCAAACCAGUCUACUAAUGACAAAAUGGCCACCAUUGUGCAGGAAAGAGAAACCGAACACUUAAAUGACAAAGACUUGAGCUUUGAGAUAAAAGGGGUGCGAUUUAAGCACCAAGCUACUUCAUUGAGCUACAGUGGUUUGUCUAAACACUCUAAUGGCUUUGCACCCAGUCAGUGACAGAAAUACCAUGGUAGCAGGGGUCGCAGCUGCGACCAGGCCUGUCACUCGAGGGGGCCCGGCCACCCUGCGGACCCCUGUGACCAGGGUGAUCGUUGGCUAUGUAACGCAGCCCCAGCCAGCACGGUAUAACUGCCGGGGCUGCACAUUCUGGGGCCCAUCUGGUGGUAUGUGCUGUUAGAACCACCCAAUGGCAAUGAGGGGGCCUGGUUGGCAAUGCAGCGCUUUAACAGCGCGACUGAGCCACCUUUUUGAUAAUGUCAGACGCUGGGAGGAAGUGACUGCCCCGGUCACUCCCUCCCAGCUAUCGUACUCUGACUCCCAUCAGCCUGAGCCAUUACUGGACCCCAGGGAAAUUCACCCUCCACCUAAAAGGUAGGAAACAGGAGGAUGACUAAAACAUUUUGCAUGUGUGUCUGUAUGUAUGCAUGUCUGUAUGUAUGUGUCUCUAUGUGUGUGUUUGUGUAUGUGUCUGUAUGUAUCUCUGUAAGUAUGUGUUUCAUGUGUGUCUCCAGUGUCACCAGUGGGGUACCUCAGGGAUCUGUACUUGGACCCAUUCUCUUUAAUAUUUUUAUUAGUGAUAUUGCAGAAGGUCUUGAUGGUAAGGUAUGUCUUUUUGCUGAUGAUACUAAGAUAUGUAACAGGGUUGAUGUUCCAGGAGGGAUAAGCCAAAUGACAAAUGAUUUAGGUAAACUAGAAAAAUGGUCAGAAUUGUGGCAACUGACAUUUAAUGUGGAUAAGUGCAAGAUAAUGCAUCUUGGACGUAAAAACCCAAGGGCAGAGUACAGAAUAUUUGAUAGAGUCCUAACCUCAACAUAUGAGGAAAGGGAUUUAGGGGUGAUUAUUUCUGAUGACUUAAAGGUAGGCAGACAAUGUAAUAGAGCAGCAGGAAAUGCUAGCAGAAUGCUUUCUUUAUAUAGGGAAAAGUUCAUGGAUUGCAGGGUAAAACUUACCAGGAAAGGUUAAAGAAUCUUAACACGUAUAGCUUGGAGGAAAGACGAGACAGGGGAAUAUGAUAAACAUUUAAAUAUAUAAAGGGACAGUAAAGGAGGAGAGUGUUUUUAAAAGAAGGAAAACUACCACAACAAGAGAACAUAGUCUUAAAUUAGAGGGCUAAAGGUUUAAAACUAUCAGGAAGUGGGGGCAGGACCUGACUCUCAAAAUGACCGGAGUGCUCUCUAGUAGCUCCUGCUCUCUAUACAAUGGCUAAAUCGCCUCUAAGUGACAUAGAACUCACAUUCUCUUGGCAGAUAACUGACACUAGACCUGCCUACAACAUUCUCUGCUUGGAACAAUUUGGCUAGAUGGGCCAUUAUCGCCACUUGGUUCUGUGGCCUGGCGUGCUCAGAGACAGGGGGAAGCAUGGGAUCUUGAGAGCCAGUGUGUGCGAUGAGCUACAGCCUCUUUGUAGUCCCAUUACCCCCCACUCCUCUGGGCCGGUGGGGUUAUUCCGGUUACCACUGCAGUGCUGGCCUGCUUCCACCUGAAGGAUCUUACAGAGCCAGCAAAGCUAACCACUGACUGCAUGCACUCCAUGAUGUCAGUUGGAGGGAGGCCUGCAGUGCAGCAAGAGUCUCAUGUGAGGAAUGUAUUGACAAAACCUUUGAGCAACUAUGGUCAUGACUCUGGUAUACAAUAUACCAUCGAGCAGUCACACAUCCAGCAAUAGCUGAGGCCCAGACUAGCCCUUCAAGCACCCCUGAGGUGCCGCGGUCUGCAAUGUGAGGCUUUGUAGGAGAGUACUGAGCGCAACAUAUGCCUGCCGAAAGCCUGGUCCCAUGGGUCCUCGUUACUACUCCAGACCAUGAUCCAUGAAGGGACAUCCCCCUAUGCAUCACCUGCUUAGAUGACUGACACUCCUUCCAACAGAAUGCAGCCUGGAAGCAGUUUUUGAGAGCUGCUCCUGAUCGCAUCCCAUGCUGGGUCACGUGAGUCUUUGGUGCUGGACUGUACAGAAGUCUGGGACUGGAGGGGUGCUUACUUGUUGGAUUCUAGUUAUUCUUCACUCUGGGGUAGCUGUUGUGGGCAUAGGCAUAUUAUCCUCCAAUUUUUUUUAAGUCCAAAGGGCAUCGUAUGAAUUACUUUUCUCACGGAGAACUCUACUAGCCUGCACAUUUUUAGCAUGUACCUCGUGGCUGGCAGAUGCUAUCUUGUCUCUAUUACGUUAAUGGUUCCUGACAAUCUUUUAUACUGUGAAGCCCCAUGGGUCAUCUGCAGUAGUUCAGCACCCAGUGGUAUUUAGCACUUGUAAUUCUCCACAGUUCCAUCUUAUAACAUUUCUUAAUUUCUGACUACCCUAAUAGAAUUGUGCUCUUCCUUUUAUUUCUUAUAAAAUGUGCACUACUCAUUUCAUGUAACCUCUACAAUAUUUUCAUAUAGUGUACCUUCUUUUGAAAUGACCAUGCAAACUUUUCUGUAAUUAUUUGCUAGUCAAAAAUAAAGAAUACAAAAUAAUAUAUAUAACAGGAAGUAUUACUUUACUGAGAGUGUAGUGGAUUCAUGGAAUAGCCUUCCAGCUGAAGUUGUAGCGGUUAACACAGUGAAGGAGUUUAUGGGCUAGGCAUAAGGCUAUCCUAAAUAUGAAUUUAAUGAAAGUAUUUAGAAAAUUGGGCAGACUAGAUGGGCCAAUUGGUUCUUAUCUGCCGUCACAUUUUAAUUUUGUAUGUUUCUAUUUAAAGAUGUUAGGAGAUACUGAAAAUAUAAAAUGUAUUUAGCUUCCGUAGCUCUUCCUUGACUCUUUUAAAAAGAAAUGGCUAACUCUUAAAUUUGAACAAUAAUUUAAUUGUGUUUAUUCUAGUCUUGUUUUGUUUUAUGUGGUCUAUUUGUUUUUAUGUGUUAUGCAGGUUGAAUUUUCAUACCCGCCACUGAUUCCAGGCGAUGGACAUGAUAGUCACCGGUUACCUGAAGAAUGGAAAUACCUGCCUUUCCUUGCUUUACCCGAUGGUGCUCACAACUUUCAGGAAGGUACUACAUAGAUCAAGAGAAAUAUAAGACAUUCAAUACAAUACAGAUUUCUUAUAGACAUACAAACCAGAAAGUCUAUUGCUAGAUAAUGGUCACUAGUGCAACCAAAAUUAAUUUAUGCUACUUUUUACUAUAGCUCUUAUAAAAGUGUUUGACAUUUUGUCUAUAUAUUGUGCAAGCAGUUUUACUAGCAAAUGUAUAGAUUGGGAGAAAAACCUUUUUACAACCACCUGUCUUUCAUUUCCACGGCAGACAUUCAAUAAUGUUGAGGAAUUGAGAGACUGGGAGAGUAGAAGAGACUUCCCACAGGACGUCCCUCUGCUCUCCACCCAUUGAAACCACAGCAUAUGUGCUCUGGUUUCUAUGGUAACUCACUUGUCGCUGUUGCUUGUGCUGACUAUGGAGUAAAGAAAUAGAGUGAAGUGAUGUGACAAAGUGCGUUCAGGCACCAGCACUUUGGUAACAAAGCCAUCAGUUGACUUCAUUGAGGAAGUUUGCCUUGCUUAGGGAAGUGUCCCAAAGCAGGGCUAAUCAACAAAGACCAGAGAAGAAGAGUGAGAGAACCAGGGGUGGGGUGUUACAGACAUGUAACACCCACCUCUUUAAUUAGAUAAUGGCAGGGGAGCGGAAUGCCAGGUAAGUGGUGACAGUUUCACUUUAAUGACAAAUGUAUAUAUGUGUAACAAUCAUUCCUUUUUAAAUGCUUAAAACAUUCUAGUACAUAAACUGCAUAUAAUAUCAAAAGUACAGUGAUGCUUGAGUAAAUAUAUUUAUGUUUGCAAUAAUUUAAAGGAGUGGUUCUGAACUCCUAGGUAACAUUCCAAAAUUGAUUCCCUGUGCUAUUUCCGUGGCUUUCUAGUUGUUCCAGGGGAACUAUCACUUCAUUUUACAGGAACACUAUAUAUUUUUCUUUUUAAUAAUUAGACUAUUUGGGGUCCCCUUCAAAAGGGUUAAAAUAAGCAAUUUUCUUACCCUAUGUCCUCUGCAGGUUGGUUUUGCCAUAAUCACCCUGCUUGUUUGUUUGACUGAGAUUAUCAGCAUUGAUAAUCUCAGCCAAUCUCAUGCGAAUGCAGACAAGAAGUCAAUAUGUUGGCGCAAUGCCAGUCUGGCACCAUGAUCAUUACAGUAAGCUGCAAUGGUUAUGGUGAUUGGAGUGUUUCUUUAAACGGACUGAGGUAGAUCCUACUUUUAUAACCAAAAUAACAGAUACCUUGACAUACUCAUUGAAAUUUUUUUAAUAAGGAAUGGUUUUAGCUUCACAUGUAUCAACAAGUAAUUCUGUUGGUUGGGUACAGUAAUCCAGGGAACCACCCAUUUUAAAUUCGUUGACUCUCUAACUGAGAGAUCAAGAGUUAUAAAAUUUACCUGAUAUAUAACCCUAUACAAAAUGCAUGGUAAUGGAGGAAAAAAGGCCCUAUAUAGGGAUAUCCAAAAAAUCUAGUUAGAUAAAUUAUGUGUCCCAUCACUGUGUGAAAUGUGAAGGUUUGGCACAUGUUUUGGAGUGUGUAGGCACGCUUUUCAGAUGGAGCAAUUGUAAUAAACAUGAUAAAAGAAUCUUGCUGAAUCAUAAUUUAAAGGAGCACUAUAGGGUCAGGAACACAAACAUGUAUAGUGUUAAAACCACCAUCUAGCCCCACUGGUCCCUUCUUGCCUCCCUAAAUAUUGUAACAUCUUACUGGUAUUCAGGUCUGCAGCUCCUGGCUCUGCCCCUGUCUGCCUCAGAUCUGCCACUGCCUGCUGACCUCAUCAGAAGUGGUGGUCUUAACCAAUCACAAUGCUUCCCCAUAGGAUUGGCUGAGACUGACAAAGAGGCAGAUCAUGGGCAGAGCCAGCACAUGUCAAACACAGCCCUGGUCAAAUCAAUGAAUCUCUAUUAGGAAAGUUCAGUGUCUGCAUGUAGAGGGUGGAGACCCUGAAUGGCAGUGCUGCACAUUAGGCACCUAUCCAAUCAGAGUGCUCUGUGUCAUUUUACACAGGGUGGGAAAAUUCCAAAGAACUUUCCCACGCUGUGUAAAAUGACUAGCACUCUGGUUGAAUUCCAAGUCAAGUCCAAGUGUUUUGAGCCUAAUUGCAGGGCGGGGCAAGGCUUUAUAAGUCUUUCCCCGCCCUGCGGAGCUCAGAUUGCUCCGUGCCCUCGCCGGGUGAAGAUGGAUUAAUUUUUUAGCAUCUGUUUUUUUUUUCUUUUUGCGCUCUGGUUUUUUUAUUUUCUACUAGUUCGACGGGUAUUAUGGUUUUUAUUUGGCCUUUUUUGGGGCUGAAAGAUGAAGAUUUUAGAAAAAAGACAUCAAAUGGUAAGUUUUAUUUUUUUUACAGGUAGUUAGUUAUUUUAUUCCCCCCUCACUAUUUUUAGGGUGAGGGGGGUGGGUAGAGGAUUCUUUUUUUAUUUGCGUGGGGGGUGACUAGGAGCUUGGGAAACCCUAGACACCUUGGAAGGGGGGCAUUUUAAUUUAAGGCCCCACCCGCCGCUCAGGGGUGGGGGCCGGGGGGGGGAGGACAAUAGGUCCCCCCAUUGUCUUUCAUGGGCCCCCAACCGCCGCUCAGGGGUGGGGGUUGGGGGGGGAGGUCCUAUUGUCAUCCCCCCUCAUUGUCUUUCAUGGCCCCCACCCACCACUCAGAGGGGGGGACAAUAGGUCCCCCCCAUUGUUAUUUAUGGCCCCCACCCACCACUCAGGGGUGAAGGCCGGUUUGGGGGGGGAGAGACAACAGGUCCUCCCCAUUGUUAUUUGUGGCCCCCACCAACCGUUCAGGUGUAGGGGCUGGGGGGAGGACAAUAGGUCUCCCCCACCCCCCCACCCCCAUUAUUUUACUUUAGUGCCCCCACCCGCCACUUGGGGGUGGGAGGGGGGGGUACUAGGGUUUUAUUUUUUUUAACAGUGCCACAGGCUGCUCGCUGUUUAAUAGACAUGCCCCUACUUGCGGUAUAGGGAGUAGGGGCAGAAUUUACUAAUAGUAAGUAUUCUUUACUUAGUAUUCGUAAAUGUGGCUGAAAGACCAAUUUAGGUCUUUCAGCCUUUUGGUAGAUAGCUCCCUAAUACCGUGGGAAGAUGCAGCCGUGGCACGAAUCAGAUUGGAGUUUCAUUCAUUCAAAUGAAAUUCCGAUCUGAACAAAGUCCCAAACUGCAUUUUAACACAAAUGGAGAAAUGGUUCUCAUUCUCUUAGGACGCAAUUCGGUAGUUUUGCCGACGUCCUGUCUAAGUGUCAGGACGUUCUGGGAUACUGACAGGAUGCAUUGCGAGAACAGGGAGGAAAGCUAAGAAUUGGGGGGAAAUUUCUCUGACCACCAGAAAUGAAGCACAAUUUGCUCCUCCGUUUGUCAGAGAUGGUCAGGCGUAGGAAACCUCCAUAAGACAAGUAGUCCCUACUUUGUCUUAUGUUUUAAAGAAAACUAGAGCAGAUAGGAAGAAAUGAAGAACAGAUCCUGACAGAGAGAGAGAAGAGGAAUCGAUUAAAGAAACGUAAGUUCGGCAUGACCGUGCCGCUUUAAAGGUAGGCAGAUGUAAUAAAGCAGCAGGUAAUGUUAUCAGAUUGCUUGGUUGUAUAGGGAGAGGUAUUGGCAGUAUAAAGAGGGAAGUGCUAAUGCCAUUGUACAGAACACUUGUGAGACCUCACUUGGAGUAUAGUAUGCAGUACUGGAGACCAUAUCUCCAGAAGGAUAUUAAUACUUUGGAGAGAGUUUAGAGAAGUGCUACUAAACUGGUUCAUGGAUUACAGGAUAAAACUUACCAGGAAAGGUUAACCCCUUAAGACCGCAGGGCGUUCUAUGCCAUCCCUAUUUUGAUGGCUCUAAACGCCGGCGAUCGCGGUAUGGGGACUCACCUGGGAGCCCAGGGAGUCCUCUUUGGCCCCCCUGGGCCAUGUGAUCGCGAGUUUUUUGCGAGGACCUCGCGAUCACAUGGCCGGCAUAGCCGUCCAAGGCUAUGCCAGCAGGGGGAGUGCCUGUAAUGACAGGUACUCCCUCUGCUGUCUGGAAAAAAAAAUAUAAAAACCAUUAAAACAGUGUAAAAAUAAAUAAUAUAUACUUACAUCAUAUAUAUAUUUAUUAUAUACACACAUACACUGUCUAAGUGUAUUUUAAUAUUAAUAUAUACAUAAUUAUUUACAUACGUAUAUUUAUAUACAAUAAAAAAUAAAUAUGUAAAUACGUUAAAAAAUAUAUAUACAUGUGUAAUUUCCUUCUAACUGUAUUUUAAAAUUAAUAUAUAUAUCUAUAUUAAUAAGUAUAUACGUGUGUGUGUGUGUGUGUGUGUGUGUGUGUGUAUAUAUAUAUAUAUAUAUAUAUAUAUAUAUAUAUAUAUAUAUAUAUAUAUAUAUAUAUGUAUGUAUGUAUAUGUAUGUGUGUAUAUAUAUAUAUAUAUAUAUAUAUAUAUAUAUAUAUAUAUAUAUUUAUGUAAUAAUUUUACAUAAUUAGGUAAUUUUAUUAAUUACAAUUUGAAUGACCUGCCUGACAACCCAGGCCGAAAGUAAAGGGAAUUUAAUUUGCUAGCACUAUAUUUAACCCUGUAACUUUCCAAGACACCAUAAAACCUGUACAUUGGGGGUACUGUUGUACUUGGAAGACUUCGCUGAACACAAAUAUUAGUGUUUCAAAACAGUAAAAUGUAUUACAACGACGAUAUCGUCAGUGACAGUGCCAUUUUUUUGCAUUUUUUACACACAAAUGGCACUUACACUGACGAUAUAAUUGUUGUAAAACGUAUUACUAUUUUUAAACACUAAUAUUUGUGUUCAGCGAAGUCUCCCGAGUAUAACAGUACCCCUCAUGUACAGGUUUUAUGGUGUUUUCAAAAGUUACAGAGUCAAAUAUAAGGCUUGUGUUUCAUUUUUUUUCACAUUAAAAUUCGCCAGGUUGGUUAUGUUGCCUUUGAGACCGUACGGUAACCCAGGAAUGAAAAUUACCUCCAUGAUGGCAUACCAUUUGCAAUAGUAGACAACCCAGGGUAUUGCAAAUGGGGUAUGUUCAGUCUUUUGUAGUAGACACUUAGUCACAAACACUGGCCAAAAUUGGCGUUCAAAUUAGUUUUUUGCAUUUUCAAAUAUUAACACUAACUUUGGCCAGUGUUUGUGACCAAGUGGCUACUAAAAAAGACUGAACAUACCCCAUUUCGAAUACCUUGGGUUGUCUACGUUUGCAAAUGGUAUGCCAUCAUGGGGUUAAUUCUUAUUCCUGGGCUACCAUAUGGUCUCAAAGGCAACGUAACCAACCUGGCGAAUUUCAAUGUGAAAAAACUGAAAAAUGUAACAUGCUAUAUUUGACCCUGUAACUUCCCAAAACACCAUAAAACCUGUACAUAGGGGGUACUGUUUUACACGUGAGACAUCGCUGAAAACAAAUAUGUGUAUUUUAUUGCAGUAAAAGCAAACAGUAUUUUGAUAUUCACAGUUGUUUAAAGAACAUUUUUAAAAACCUUAUUUUCUCACAUUUUUUUAUAUUUUAUUCAUAUUAAAUUAUGUUCCAUACCUAAAUAUUUGAUGUUAAAUGAAAGCCCUGUUUCCCCUGAAUAAAAUGAUAUAUAAUAAGUGUGGGUGCAUUUAAUAUGAAAGAGGUGAAUUACGGUUGGACAAACAUAUAGCGCAAAUGCCAGGUUUUGUUUACGUUUUGUUUUGAUCACAACUUGUUCAUUUGGCUGCGGUCUUAAUGGGUUAAAGGAUCACUAUAGGGUCAGGAACACAAACAUGUUUAACCCCUCAGAAUGGGUUAAAACUCACCUUAUUUUCAGCGCUGGCCCUGCCCCCUUGGUGACAUCAUCUUAAUGGCCGAUUUUUUGCCAAUCCAAUGCUUUCCCUUAGGGGAAAGUAUUGAAUUGGCUAAAAUCUGCAAAACACUGUUUUGGCCAAUCAGCAACUCCUAAUAGAGGUGCAUUGAUUCAAUGCAUUUCUAUGAGGAAAGUUCAGCAUCCCCAUGCAGAGCGUGAAGACGCUGAACGGCAGGGCUGCUUAUUGUGCAGCCCUGAGCCAGGAAGCCCCUCCAGUGGCUAUCUGAAGAGGGGCCACUUGGAGGUGUCCCUUUGAAAAGGCAGUGUUUGCAUGAAAAUGCCUGAAGGGAGCUAUUCUACUCACCAAAACAACUACAUUAAGCUGUAGUUGUUCUGGUGACAAUAGUGUCCAUUUAACAUGUAUAGCUUGGAGAAAAAACCAGACAGGGGGAUAUGAUAGAAACAUUUAACUACAUAAAGGGAAUCAAUACAGUAAAGGAGGAGACUAUAUUUAAAAGAAGAAAAACUACCACAACAAGAGGACAUAGUCUUAAAUUAGAGGGGCAAAGGUUUAAAAAUAAUAUAAGGAAGUAUUACUUUGCUGAGAGUGUAGUGGAUGCAUGGAAUCGCUUUCCAGCUGAAGUGGUAGAGGUUAACACAGUGAAGGAAUUUAUGCAUGCAUGGGAUAGGCAUAUGGCUAUCCUAGCUAUAAGAUAAAGUAUUUAGAAAAUUGGGCAGACUUGAUGGGCCGAAUGGUUCUUACCUGCCGUCACAUUCUAUGUUUGUAUGAUGAAAGCAUGUCUCUUUUCAGCCUACGUAACUGUAUCAUUGCAGGGUUAACACCACCUCUAGUGGCAGUCUAUCAGACAGCCACUAGAGCCACUUCCAUGUUGUUGGGUGACUUUUGGUAGCCUGCGCAGCGUCACGGUAUACAUGAUGACAUCCAGUGUUGGCUAAAACUACAUAGGAAAGCAUUGAUUCAAUUGAGUUGUCCUAAUGCGAUUGCAGCACUUUUACUCUAGCAAAGAUGAGUGGAGACAAAGCCUGACCCAGCGCCGAGCGACAUUGGCGCUGGAUUCAGGUAAGUGAUAGAAGGGUUUUUAAUCCUUUCUGUGCUGCAUGGGGGGCGCAAUUGAGGAGGGCACUAUAGGGUACUAUAGUGUUAGGAAUACAAUUUUGUAUUCCUAGCCUAUAGUUUCCCUUUAAUAACAGAUCUUGCUAUGAAAACCAUAUAUUAUAGAGACACUGUUUCUUUAGAAAUUUUAGUGCUUCUCAUUUUGUAAAACCUUUGGUUCCCCAUUUUGUUUGACAUUAUUAAUCUCUUCGUUCUUACUUCCUCCACAAAUAGUUACAGAUUAUUCAUUUAAAAAAAAAAAAAAGAAAGAAAGAAAAGAAAGAAGCAGCUUGCCCACUGAUCUAGAUUUGCAUGUCUGAGGUAUUAUGUUUUUGAUUUGUUUGUUUUUAUUUUUGUUUUGUUUUUUGGCAAGGUCAAUUUGAUACCAUAGAAGAUAGACACAAAGAAACGAAGGGAAGGGAAUCAUGUUAUACGUUGCAAAACAGAUCAUUUUUUUUUUUUUUUUAUCCGGUUUCUAAAAACAUUUUAUUUAAAACCGUUAUGUACCAAUUCACUUAAAGGAACAUUCCAAGUACCAUACCAGCUACAGCACGCUGUAAUGUUUAUCGGAUCAGGAGUGCCCUAGCACUACCCACCUGUAAGUAGUCAAACCAUAUGGUAAUGUUUUCAUUUCAUAUCUAUGGUCCACCAGGAGCACCUUUUUACCUUAUCUCUGCUGUAAGCUCUGAUUACCCCCUUACCAGAGUCCCUGCUAGGCUUCACUGCUCUCUAGUGAUCGGGCAAAACCCUUCUAGCUUCUGCAGAGCCCCGAAUGCUGCAGACGUUGCCUUUCAGCUGCCAUUGAAAGUUGCACAGAGCUGACAUUAACCAGCCCAGAAGUUCCAAACUGCCUGAUGACACUUCCAGCUGCAAAGGGGUUAAACUCUGUAUGUGAAGCAUUGGGAAACAAAACACUGCACAUACAGACUCGAGGCACCAUUACCACUUCAAAUCACUGAAGUGGUCAUGGUGCUUGAGUAACUUAAAACUUUAAUGCAGCACUCUCAAGAAUGGUAAAUUUUGAAACUGUGUUUUUGUUGUCUUUUAGCUCUUUGUAAUUUUAUAUCCUUUAAUUUUCAUAGCAAAUUUUAAUACUGAAUAACUAUACAUAUACAGUGACUUCCACUAAUAUUGGCACCCUUGGUAAACUUGAAUUUUUUUAAUUUUUUUGCUUGACUUUUUGUUCAAAAUCUACACAAAAAAUCAUCUGCUCUCAAUUCCACACACAACACAGGUUUAUAAAUAUUUGUUAAAUACAUAUGUGGGAAAAUUAUUAGCACCCCUAUGAAUUCAUAUGAGAAAAGUAUAUUUGAAGUAUAUUCCGAUUGGGAUUUAACUUUUUUAGUACACCUGGGUGACUAGGAACAGGAAAUUGUUCAACUGUGAUUCCUGUUUCACAGGGAUAUAAAUAUGAGGUAACACAGGCUAAAUUCCCUUAGCCAUUCGUCACAAUGGGUAAGACCAAGAAAAAUAGCUGUGAUGUGCAGCAAAAAUUUUAGUUUCACAAAAUGGGAAGUGGAUAAUAACAAAAGAGCAAAAGCAUUGGAAAUGCCCAUUUCUGUCAGUGGCUGCUAACUGUUUAAAUUUUUUUUUUUUUUUUUAAUUUGUAUCCACCCCCCCCAUUUUCAUUUAGGGCCCCCACCUGCCACUCAGUGUCGGGGGCUGGGGGGGAGGACAAUAGGUUUCCCCACUUAUUGUUAUUUAGGCCCCCCACCCACUGCUCGGGUGGGGGAGGACAAUAAGUCCCCCCCCCUUAUUGUAAUUUUGGGCCCCACCCGCCGCUCAUGGGUGGAGGUCGGGGGGAGGACAAUGGGUUGUCCCCCCAUUUUCAUUUAGUUCAUUUAGGGCCCCUAAAUGGUGGGGACGCUAGUUAAUAGAUGCCCCCAUGGGGCAUUUGUUUAGAGGGGGGACUUUUUUCUUUUUUACAACAGUGAGCCACUCACGGCAUAGCGAGUAGGGGCAUUUGGGAUAUUUUAAUGCUAUUCUUCUUAUGCUAUUAUGGGUGUCAUAUUGACCCCCAUGGAGUGAGAGAGGACAUGGGGGGCUUAGGAAAUGGCGGAGAGCACUGCUCCCUGCCACUUCUAUUUUUACAUAUUACAAGGAGGAAGCUGUUGGUAGCUCAUUCGUUUAAAAUUUCUAUCCAUUUAGUCCUCUUUCUAACGAAUGAAUAGAUGAAAUUCCCGUUCGAAUGCCCAAGUGUUUAACUGGGCAUGCGCGGGAAUUUCACAGUGCUAUCUAGUGUGGGCAGAUGACGUGUCCAACAGGGACUUCAUCUACCCACACAAAGAUGGCGGUGCCCAGGACCUAGGUCCGGGCGCAAAAUAAAAAUGCAAAAAUAGGUAAUAUGAGGGGCUUAGCGGCAUUUGGGGGUCACUAGUGGGACAACUAGAUGUAGUGGGGUUAAAAAGCAGGGUUCGGCCAUGACAGUGCCGCUUUAAAGGGGUCAUCUAGUUUUGGAUAAGUAUUCAUUCACCAGCUGAUUGAGGAAAUUGGCUAUUAAAACUUGUUUAUUGAAAAUUGAUUCCUUAGUAAUGUGUUUCUAUGGAUGUAUUUUAACUCCUUUUUGCUCUAGUUUAGUAUAUAUAUAUAUAUAUAUAUAUAUAUAUAUAUAUAUAUACCUAGGAUGCAUUUCCCACAGCUCAGGGCAGGAGUUAUAUCCAGAGAAUGAGAAUACAGACUGUAUCACUUAAUCACAAGCAGGAAAUUUCUUUUAACUGCAUGCAAUCUUUGAGGAUGAAUAAUUUGACUUUCUGAUUAUUUAAUUAUCUUUUCUUCAUUUUAGACACUGUAUUUUUUCAUCUCCCUCCAAGGAGCGGGGACCGGAAAACAGUUUAUGGUGUUUCUUGCUACAGACAGAUUGAAGCAAAGGUAGGAUUUUUACCUGCUUAUCUUUUAGAAUAAAUACAGGGAGUGCAGAAUUAUUAGGCAAAUGAGUAUUUUGACCACAUCAUCCUCUUUAUGCAUGUUGUCUUACUCCAAGCUGUAUAGGCUCGAAAGGUUUUAUGAACUGAGAAAAGUCAAGCGUGCAGCUGCCACGAUGCCACUUGCCACCAGUUUGGCCAUAUUUCAGAGCUGCAACAUCACUGGAGUGCCCAAAAGCACAAGGUGUGCAAUACUCAGAGACAUGGCCAAGGUAAGAAAGGCUGAAAGGCGACCACCACUGAACAAGACACACAAGCUGAAACGUCAAGACUGGGCCAAGAAAUAUCUCAAGACUGAUUUUUCUAAGGUUUUAUGGACUGAUGAAAUGAGAGUGAGUCUUGCUGGGCCAGAUGGAUGGGCCCGUGGCUGGAUUGGUAAAGGGCAGAGAGCUCCAGUCCGACUCAGACGCCAGCAAGGUGGAGGUGGAGUACUGGUUUGGGCUGGUAUCAUCAAAGAUGAGCUUGUAGGGCCUUUUCGGGUUGAGGAUGGAGUCAAGCUCAACUCCCAGUCCUACUGCCAGUUCCUGGAAGACACCUUCUUCAAGCAGUGGUACAGGAAGAAGUCUGCAUCCUUCAAGAAAAACAUGAUUUUCAUGCAGGACAAUGCUCCAUCACACGCGUCCAAGUACUCCACAGCGUGGCUGGCAAGAAAGGGUAUAAAAGAAGAAAAUCUAAUGACAUGGCCUCCUUGUUCACUGAUCUGAACCCCAUUGAGAACCUGUGGUCCAUCAUCAAAUGUGAGAUUUACAAGGAGGGAAAACAGUACACCUCUCUGAACAGUGUCUGGGAGGCUGUGGUUGCUGCUGCACGCAAUGUUGAUGGUGAACAGAUCAAAACACUGACAGAAUCCAUGGAUGGCAGGCUUUUGAGUGUCCUUGCAAAGAAAGGUGGCUAUAUUGGUCACUGAUUUGUUUUUGUUUUGUUUUUGAAUGUCAGAAAUGUAUAUUUGUGAAUGUUGAGAUGUUAUAUUGGUUUCACUGGUAAUAAUAAAUAAUUGAAAUGGGUAUAUAUUUGUUUUUUGUUAAGUUGCCUAAUAAUUAUGCACAGUAAUAGUCACCUGCACACACAGAUAUCCCCCUAACAUAGCUAAAACUAAAAACAAACUAAAAACUACUUCCAAAAAUAUUCAGCUUUGAUAUUAAUGAGUUUUUGGGUUCAUUGAGAACAUGGUUGUUGUUCAAUAAUAAAAUUAAUCCUCAAAAAUACAACUUGCCUAAUAAUUCUGCACUCCCUGUAUACCUACCUGUGGCAUUACCUGUGGAGUCUACAGGUAAGAUCAAUUCGCAAUUGAUUUGUUCCGUUUAACAGGAAUUUGAUUUGGACAAUUUGCUUUACACUAACUUUUUGCAAAAGUCUAGCAUUUUCCCAUCCUAGUGAAUGACAGAUCUCAUGUAUAGUGUAAAGCAGCAAUGAUCAUCACCUCAUUCUGUUGAAAAAAAGUAUUAGGAGAGUUGAACAUGGGUAGUUAAAGAAAGUCUCAUUCAACCUUUGUGUUUUGAGAACUUUUUAUAAUGCAUGCUUUAUAGAGCUACUAGCAAUCUGUCUUUAACUUAAAAGAAAAAAAGACAGAUACAACUGUUUGCAUAAUGAAUGAAGUAUUCAAUUGGUGCUUACGUCUGUACACAGGAUUGGAUUUGGCGAGCAUAUUCAUGUGUCCUGUCAUGCACUCACGCAAGCAAACUAAUUCUCAGUUUGAAGAAAGGGGGGGAAAAAAAUUAAAAACUAGAUUUCGCACCCUGAUCAAACAGGGUUCAUACCGGAACGGGAGGCUCGAGAUAGCACUCUGAGAGUCCUCGCUAUACAACAUCUGGCGAGACAACACGGAUCCCCACUCCUGCUACUCUCCACGGACGCCGAAAAGGCGUUCGACCGAGUUGACUGGGCAUUCUUGAAAACGGUGAUACGUCUUUUGGGGUUUAACGACAACAUACAGAAAUGGAUCGGAGCGAUUUACAGCACCCCGAUGGCAGCGGAACGCGUUAACGGAGGCCUGAUGGAGUCCUUCCCAAUUCGAAACGGUACGAGUCAGGGUUGCCCCCUUUCCCCGCUAUUGUUCGCACUAACAUUGGAACCUCUAUUGGAGGCAAUCCGGCGAAAUAUUAACAUCACGGGCUACACCUGUAAAACCGCCACACACAAAGUUGCCGCGUAUGCGGACGACAUGUUAUUCUUCAUUACACGCUCAAGACUCACCCUACCUUGCCUAAUGGAAGAACUUGAAAAAUACAGACACCUCUCGGGCCUCAAACUUAAUUUAAGCAAAUGCGAACUGCUCAACAUCACGGACCCAUUGGGGGAACACAGAGAUAUAGCCUCGACCUUCCCGUUCCGGUGGUGCCAAACCCAAAUGAAAUACCUGGGGAUAUGGGUGAUGGCGGACCCCAGCACCAUCUACCAGAAAAACUUCCUCCCACUCCUCACGCGCAUUCAACAUGAUCUCCGAACGUGGAAUUAUCCACACAUCUCAUGGUUCGGCCGCAUAGCGGUCAUCAAAAUGAAUAUACUACCCAGACUACUAUAUCUGUUCCAUACAAUCCCAGUGGCAUUACCGACGACCUUUUUCGCGACACUGAAAACCGCAUUCCUGACCUAUGUCUGGAGAGGAUGCAGACCUCGACUAAGAUAUGAAAUACUAUGCAAGACCAGGAGACAGGGCGGAUUGGCACUCCCAGACCUGCGCAAAUACCACCAAGCGACAGCCCUACAACGGAUACUGGAAUGGCACACUAACCCGAGAUGCAAACAAUGGGUGGCCUUGGACAAAGAAUCAUGCAGCCCAUCCAUUUUUGCAUCCCUAUGGAAUCAGAAAACGCCACGGAACAACGAUCCUGGCGCACCCUCCCCGGCGAGCCACACCCUCCGAAUAUGGUCAACAAUGAGGAACACAGCGACCAUCUCCCCAACACCCAGCCCGAUGACCACACUAACACACAACCAAGCACUAGGGGGAGGACUACCGACCAAGGCCUGGGACUUUCUGCAGGGAGCGGACUUCAUCCCACUCCACAAAACGCUAAACGCCACUGGACUGACCCCCCCCGGAACGCCUAAUGGAAGGCCCGCCAGCGCCCAUGCACAGAUUCAGAUACUCCCAGCUGACGCAUUUCUACCACACCCUCCCGAACAAACAAGAGGUGCACAGAACCCUCACGUGGUUUGAGGACAUCUGCGACAAACAAACACCAAUUCAGAAACCAACGGAGACGCUCUACCAAUACCUAAUCACGGAUGAUCAGCAAGCAACUCGAAGAUAUAAAGAAAAAUGGGAAAGCAUCACCGACAAAGUCUUCACCGACGCACAAUGGGACAAAAUUCUCAUCCUUCAUCACAAAUCUACGAUUAGCUCAAAAUACCAAGAAAUGAACUAUAAGCUAUUGACAUUCUGGUACAGAACCCCAGACCUACUCCACAGAAUAUUCCCCAACACCUCGGCGACCUGUUGGAGAUGUGAGACAGAGAUACCGGAACACUAAAACAUAUCUGGUGGGACUGCCCCAACAUCAAACCGUUCUGGAACCAGAUUACGGCUCGCAUUAAAGACGUGCUAGGGGACACGACGCAAUUGUCAAUAGACAACACUCUCCUGCAUCACACUAAAGACCCGAUCUCAAAAUACAAACGAUCCAUCCUACGACACCUUCUCGACAUGGCCAAGGCUCUAAUCCCUGCCCUAUGGAAAAUGAUAAACGCCCCUACAAUGGAGCAAUGGCUAAGCAGGGUAGAAGAGAGCAGAUUCGCAGAAGAAAUGCACGCGACCAUACGAGACACCCUCACGAAACACAUUGACAAAUGGCAACCUUGGAUAAUGUACAUGGCGCGACGAGAUGAGAGAGACGCGGCGGACGGGGAAGGGAGCUAGGAGGGCCCCCCCUCACCUUCCCCCCCCCCCAAACAAAUCACACACACUACAACCACAACACUCACAGGAUCUACACACCACCAACACACAGCCGCCCCACGAACGCAACCAAUGAGGCCACAGGAUGUAGCAGCGUACUGUAUUCGCAACAACCUCCCGAACCCAAUGAACAACACCAUACGGACCUCCCAUAGAACCCAAGCCGCCACAGCCGACUCAUGCACCAACACCCAAGAUGGGGAUAGACAACAGGAGACCCCUGAGCGAACCACACACACUAUCACUCUAGAGACUGAAAAUCCUGAUCCUAGAACAACGAUCCCACACGGAACGAAGAUAGCUCUCCUUUCCAUGAGACCCACAUCGCACAUACAAACAACCCAGCUGACUAACUUAAGCAAGGCUAGGACACAAGGCACAGGGAGGGAGGGAGGGAAAACAACAUAAGUGGGAUGAACCUGGGAGUCCACCACACAAUGAAAACAGACGCCACUCAUACCAGCCAAGCACGACCGCAUGAUACCCAUGCCACUAGAGUUACCUCUACAUCCUACUUACUAUUCAUCCAAAAACACAUUACGCAGAUAACAGACUAUAAAGGAAUACGAAUUUAGGACCCGACACCUCGAAACCCUUGGGAGCCACUGACAUACGUACUCACAUGGAUAUAACACAUAUAAAACUAAUACCAACCUUAGCAAAACUAGCAUAGGGCCUACGUAACCCACUCGACCUAUACCACGAAAGCAUUUCACAACCAGAUGAUCCUAAACAAAAAAUAACAGAGCAUCCCAACUGAGUACAACGAUUCUCCACAUAAGAAUAUCGACCUCUAUUAGGUCUCUAACAUAAGCUCUCAUAAGUGACCUGCGUGUCACCACACUAUGUUAAGAUGCACUAUGUUAAGAUGCACUAUGUCUCAUUUAGUUAAACGAACACACAAUAUUCAUAUGGGACCUGUGAGUUCCUACUGUUUUCCUGUCUCUGUACCUUUGCCAGAUUAUUGUGGUUCCUGUACUCUCUAAUCAAGCGUGUUCCUGUUUCUCCUUCCUGUUGCUGAAUUUGGACUGUUUUGACUUUGCUGCUUCUCCUUCCCACUGACCUCGGCUUGCCUCACUACGAUUAUCAUCUUUCUGUUCCAGUCUCCCAUCUCUGCUUAAGACCAGAAGGGGUUCAACCACCUGGGUAACGAGUGGCUACCUCUGGCAGAAAACAUUGCUGAUCUGGCUACUGGACUCCAAAACUUUGUAACAUCAAUAUCAUAACACAUGUAUUCCUGACCCUAUAGUGUUAAAACCACUGUCUAGCCCCCUUAGCCCCCUUUGCCUCCCUAAAGAUAGUAAAAUCCUACUUGUAUUCAAGUCGGAAGCUGCUGCCUCUGCCUGUGAACUUUCUCUGACAUCUGACAUCAUAAGAAUGGGUGUCCUGAUCCAAUCACAAUGCUUCCCCAUAGGAUUAGCUGAGACUGACAAGGAGGCAGAUCAGGGGCAGAGCCAGCACAACUCAAACACAGCCCUGGCCAUAGAGAUGAAUUGAAUCAAUGAAUCUCUAUGAGGAAAGUUCAGUGUAUGCAUGCAGAGGGAGGAGAUACUGAAUGUUUGGAUGUAUUUUAGGCAGCCAUGAUCCAGGAAGGAUCUCUAAUAGCCGUCUGAGGAGUGACCAGUGAAGUUAUCACUAGGCUGUAAUGUAAACACUGCAUUUUCUCUGAAGGUCUGAAGGUAAUGAUUCUACUCACCAGAACAAAUUCAGUAAGCUGUAGUUGUUCUGGUGACUAUAGGGUCCCUUUAACAUCUAUAUUUUUUUCUUUGGGAAGGGGUUACCAUGCCAGCAAGUGUUUCUCUAAGCAAAGAGAGAUUUCUUUUUUCUUUUUAAACCAAGUUUUUUUUAAGUUUUAUUGAACUGCUGAUGUUUGAUUUCUCCGGUAACAAAUGACAAGGACCGUCCGUUGUAAAAACACAUUUAUUAAUGUUUGUUUACCCCCUUGUUAAGCUAAUAUAUCCAACAAUACCUCUUGCGGUGCAAUGUCAGACCCUGGAGAGUUCAGCCGAUCCUCCAUGCCAGGUACAAGGAAUGUGCAAAACCGGCUUGGAGGUCCCAGCACAGAGUAUCAGCGGUACUCUCCAGGGAAGAUUCGACAUUGGACCGCAAGAGGUAAAAUAUUUUGUUGGAUGUAUUCCGACAUAGGGCCGCAAAUGAUUAAUAAUGAAUCCAUGCAUACGAUUCAGCUACCAAGUCCCUAUUAUUUAGUGCAGUAAUUACAUGAAACAUUAGGGAUAACACUGAUCAUUGUUUACAUGAAUUUGCUUUUGCUUCACCCCUCUGCAUUUGUAUAUUUCUUAUGUAUCAAUUUUUUUUUAAUUGUUAUUCUGGGAAGUAUGGUGUCUUUUUGAAAAAUAGUACAUUGACAAAAAUCUUUGUUUUUAUUUUUUUCACAGACAUUGAAAGUGCGUCAGGCAGAUGUUACCAGGGAAACUGUGCAAAAAAGUGUUUGUGUAUUGAGUCAGCUGGUAAGACACUGGUUUUGUACAUUUUAUAGGAAAUGAAUGAACUAAUCUGUUUCUUUAAAUAAUUAGAAAUGCAGACAGUAACAAUGUGAAUAGUUAUUAACACUGUCUUAACCAUUGCAAUGGAUUGAUGUUCUAUUUCUGCCAGAGUGCAAUUUAAUUAGGUUAAGAUGUGCAGGGAUGGGGAGAAGGGGUGCAUUUAGGAUAUAAAAAUGGCAUUACUAUACUAAAAUAAACAAUAUAUAUUAAAACACUUAGCUCUGUCUGUAGUACUGAUUGAAUCUGGUGUUUUUCUACAAUAUAUAUAGCAGUUUGAUAAGGAAAACUGCUUUAAAUCCAUUAGUCAGAAUAUAGUAAAAUUGCACAUUAUAAAAUAAUAAGCUUAAAAGAAACUUAAAAAUGACACGCCAAGAAACUUUCUUGCAUAAGCUUUUGACCUAAAUAAAUAACUUGUAUUUCUUUGCUGCUAAGUAUUAUAUAGUUUUUGCAAAAUAAAUGUUUUGCCACAUUUUUCCUCUUUCUGAAGACAUGUCCAUGAUCUCACCAUUUUAAACAUCCUACUUUUUCCAGAUGUCCAAGCGGCAGUCAUAACAAGUGGGAUGUAGUUGCCCAUUUAUCACAGGACAGGUAGCAUUGAAAAGGUUAAAACAACAAAAUGCAGUCCCCACCCCCAGUCUCCUCCCCUCCUAGUCUUAUAAAAGGCAACUCCACCCUGAGCUCCCCAGUAUUUGCCUGUCCUCGAGAGAGACAGGUCAGGUAGCAGAGCUCUGCCUUCCUUUGGCAGAAUUGGUGAAGCUAUUCACCUUUUUUUGUGUUUUGGUGGUGAGGGGGCUGCGGCUCCUGGAGGGCUCCGUCUUGGUUUUGAAGGUCUAAUUGGCCAGUACGCUUGUCCUUUAAUUAUAAUAGGAUAUGAACACACAACGGGCUCAAUCCAUGCCGGGUGACGGAAGAGGCGAAGGUACGUCUGUACGCACAGCUGGGAGGCUCCAUAUGUGGACAGCACACUUAGGUGUUGUUGCAUUCCAUUUAAGAAUCGCAGAGUGCUAUGCACGUGCACAAAGCGAUCUCGGCACCUGGUGAGAACUCUUGAAUCUGGAGCCUGAGGCAGGAUAAUUAAACCCAGCAGUAACUAUCUGAUUAGUUACUAGUGUGCUCUCACCAGCCCUUCAGCACACCAGAGGCUUAUUGAGGUGAGACGCGUAGCUUUCAUCUUAAUAGUCUUUCUUUCAUAAAUAAGUUAAUUUGGAAAUGUCUGCCAGGUGAAAUCCACAUUAGCCUCUGUGUGCUCUGCCAAUUUGUCCAACAAACAGAGAGGCAAUUAGGCAACUAAUUCCUUAUAGCCUUGUUAUCCAUAUAGAAGGCACAAGCACGUUUAACCCCUUAAGGACACAUGACAUGUGUGACAUGUCAUGAUUCCCUUUUAUUCCAGAAGUUUGGUCCUUAAGGAGUUAAAGUAAGUACCUAUUGGUUUGUUUCAGCAAGCUUGUACCUGUUUUUCUAAAGUCUAAAACGUUUGUUUUUGUGUGAUGUGACUCAGUCACUGUUCUUAUAUUAAACCACACUGACUGAUGAUCACUGGAUCCUAAACUUUCACCUACAGUAAUAUCUGAUACCAAAUGUCCAUUUGUUAACACUAAAUCUAGUAUGGCCUUUUUACGAGUUGGCUCCUCAAUGACUUGUUUCAGAGACAAUCCCAGUAGGGAGUUUAGAAUAUGUGUGCUCCUUUCCAAUUUACAUCAGGAAGAUUAAAGUCACCCAUGAUGAUAACUUCCCCCUUAAUUGUCAUUUUAGCUAUUUCCUCAACUAGUAGAUUAUCUAACUCUUCAAUUUGUCCUGGGGGCUUAUAAAUCACACCUACACGAGUUACUGUGUGAUUACCAAAUUCUAACAUAACCCAAAAAGUUCGCCUCACUAACUUUUAUUAGGCUAGAUUUUAUGCUAUCCUUCACAUACAGGGCCACUCCUCCCCCUUUCUUGCCUUCCCUAUCUUUCCUAUAUAAAGCGUACCCUGGUAUUGCUAUGUCCCAGUCAUUUUUCUCAUUAUACCAUGUCUCCGUAACAGCGACUAAAUCUACACUAUCAGUUGCCAUUAUUGCCUCAAGUUCAUGGAUCUUAGUCCCUAAACUGCGAGCAUUUGUAGUCAUGACUCUAAGCUUAUAAUUUUUUAACACACUUGCUACAAGCACCUUCUGUCCUUGUUUUGGGGGACAAUUGGAUUGAUGUUUUAUCAUCCUUUUGCCCCUUCUCCUAGUUUAAAUAUAUCCUAGCAAAACCUCUGAACUGCUCACUGAGAACAUUUGUUCCCUUUUGAGAAAGAUGCAAACAAUCUUUUUUGUACAGCUUAUCUCCAUUCCAAACAGAGCUACCAUGAAAAAUAAAGCCAAAUCCUUGCUCCCGACACCAUUCACCAAGCCACAAAUUAAAGUCCCUAAUACGCAUCCGCCUGUCGUUCUGAGUGUUAUGCACAGACAGAACUUCAGAGAAUGACAGUGUGGAAGCAACCUGCCGUAUAUCAUUGGCAAAAACACUAAAAACUUCCUUAACCUCUGAAACCUCAUUGCAAGCCAAGUCAUUUGUCCCUAGAUGGACAAGUACAUCCAAUUCCCCUUCCUGCUUUGCUCGCUUAACAAUAUUACAGAUACGUCGCCUGUCUCUGUGAGCAGUAGCUCCGGGAAGACACCUCACAAGACCACCAUUGUCCAUCUCCACACCUCUUAUGAUGGAAUACCCCAACAACAACUGCUUUCUAUUAGGCCUCACCAUAGACUCCAAGCCGGUCUCCACAACACCACUAGCCUCAGUGCCUCUCUCCACAACACCACUAGCCUCAGUGCCCCUCUCCACAACACCACUAGCCUCAGUACCCCUCUCCACAACACCACUAGCCUCAGUGCCUCUCUCCACAACACCACUAGCCUCAGUGCCUCUCUCCACAACAUCACUACCCUCAGUGCCUCUCUCCACAACACCAUUACACUCUGAGAGUGCAGAAAAUGAAUUAUGUAGAGCAACAGACUGUGCAAUAUGCCUUUUAUCCACAACUCUAAGUCUACCAGAUCCUACAGUAAUCCAUCUGCCAUUCCUAGUAGGUCUCUGCGGCAGUGGCUUUGCAGCAGUUCCAGUCUGAGUUUGUUCAUCAGAUAAUUUACAAAUCUCAGACUUCAAAAAUACAAUCUCCUGCUGCAAGAUAGAGAACUGUCAACAGAUUAGGCAACAACCAAACCUCCAAAAAGUGGAACGUGAAACAAAUGCAUAGCAACUAUUACACUGAACUAAGUCUGCCAUUCCAAUGAGGAGAAUAAUUUAAAUCAAACGAAUCUUAACUUUUUAUUUAUCCUCCUGAAUACUUCAGAUUAUCUCCAGUUUAUCUCCAGAAUAUCUCCAACCACACACUUAGAAGCAACACUUAGAUGAAGCAACCAAGCUAUAUCUUAACUAAAACAAACAAUCCUACAAAACCUGUUUUGUCAUGCAGGAAUGGUAGGUGAAGUGGGGCCUACCCAAAUAAGCUUAUUAUCUAAAAGCUUGAGUUUUUCUCUAUAGUUUGACCAUUAUCAAUUCUGUUUGCUGCCAAUCUAAAUUACUGGUGGAAUUUUAUUGUAACCUGUGGUUAUCCUCAGUUUUGUCUGAUUAGUAUCAGAUCCCCUGCUAUCUGUGCAGGAAAGGGAUUAAUGAGGUAAAAUAUAUUUUACCCUUGAGAUUAUAACUCCUAUAAGAUAACAUAUGAGAUGCAGCAUCAAGACACGAGUUAUUAGACUGAGAAUUUACUUUACUGUAAAUCAUCUAGAUUUAUUCUACUUAUGGAAGGUGUAUCUUAAAUCAUUUUCCAGGGCUUUUAUGGAUGGACUGUUUUUUUUUUCUCUGCUGGCCUGGUGUUAUAAGGGUUAAAUUGUCAUCUACUAAUACAAUUGAGUUACACUUACAUUUAAUUGACUCCCCAUUUCACAUUUCUGGUAUGUCAGAUUCAGGUCAGGUGAAGAGCAAGGGUUCUGGAACUUGGGCACUAGACUGUCUUAGAGUCUAUCUCUUUCUUUUCUAUAGUGACUGUUACCAAGUCAGCCUUUGAGCAUUCAAGCGGCAGCUUGUGAGCCCUUCUGUGGAUUUCUAAGUUUCAUCUUAGCUGUGCUUUGGAUAAUAUGUGUAGUUCCUCCCUCGAAGCAAUCAAAUGUUUCUUUUUGUCUUUUCUUUGUCCUAGGUUUAUAUUUUAGAUUAUACAUCUAACAAUUUUAGGAUGUGUUUCUCUGUUUAGUAUGAAACCCAGACUUGCUGGUAGUAGAAAUUCACAGCUUUUUAUUUUUACAUUAUGUCCAUAGUGAGCAUUUCGUUUUUCUAGUUUCUUUUAAUAACUUCCACUCACUUUUCCUGGGUCGCUUCAAAUUUAUAUAAUUAUCUUCCAGCUUGGCCAUGUUUCUUAGGUUGGUAAUUGAAUUGGGAAGUGUCUGCCAACUUCUGUGAGUUGGGCUAAAACUAGAAUAUUAACUUCCAGUUUGUACUUAUUUUAAGAGGUUAAUUUGUAUUUUAUCAAACAAGGUUUCAGUAUGUUUAUAGUUUUUUUUUUUAUUUUUUAUUUUUUUUUUUAAAACACAAAACGACAGACUAGAAGUCCAAGUGGAGAAUAACAUAUUUAAAAAGGAGGCCCUACCUUUUUUGAACCUGAAGGGAAACAAAAAAUAGAAGUUAUAACCAACAAAGGAAGGAAAGGCAAAAAAAAUGUAUGAUGUCUAUCCAAAUCAUACACAGGGGCAUGCAGCAAAAAAAGCUGUUUAGAGAUCAGCUAAAAAAAGUCUGAAAAAAUAAUAAUAAUAAUAAUGUCCAAUUGUCUAAACAGUGGACUGGCGUCUACAGAGGUAAAAAGUAAAGGGAGGGGGAGAGAGACACAGAAAAGACCCCCCUCAUUCCCCACAGCAGAACUCUAAGGUAAAGGCUCUCCCUAUAGUACCUCGGCACCGUGGAUAAACCACUAAUGCCUAGCGGAACCUCUGUCCCUUCCUCCACUCAAAAGACUUAAAAAAUUUAACUAACUACAAAACCUAGUGCAUAGUGCUACCAAAGUGUAGUGAAAAUAAUAAAAAGACAAGUAGCUCGACUCGCGUUUUGGCGUGUCAGCACGCCGUCGUCAGGAGCAAUAAGUAUUGACUGGUUAGGCUAACCUUAUAUAGGUCCUUAAUUGAAAAUAAAAUGUCAUCUGCUGUGUGCAGUAGGACCAAUCAGUUUCUUAAUGCAUAGAAUAUGUGUAUCUCACUCCAAUUCCGGUUGUUCCCUCCUAUAUUGGGCUGCAAGACAGCUAAGGGAGGAACAUCCCUCCUCCCGUAUCGACCUGUCAGUGUGGAACCUCCUCAAGGGGGCGGCCACACUCCGUCGGGGUACGCCCCUCAUCAUACCAUACACGGGCACAAUGAUUACCAUACAGAGCCGCCACAUAUCGUCCGUCGGGCGUGGUUUAGCCCGAUCAAACAUGUUUGAUCAGGGGUAGCUCCUUCAAGUACACGUAGUGCAGGACCCGCCCCUAGACUCCCAUUGGUGCUCGCACCGAAUGGAGGAGGGGUUAACAAUGCUGCAUAUCCCUCCUCUCUUAUCAACCUGUCAGUGUGGAACCUCCUCAAGGGGGCACCCGCACUCUGUCGGGGUACGCCCCUCAUCAUACCUUCCAUACACGGGCGCAAUGAUUGAAUGAACAGAGUUGGGUUUAUUAGCUAAUGAAGACCAGGAAAAAGCAGACAUUUUAAAUAACUAUUUUUCUUCAGUAUAUAUUAAUGAGGAUCCUAUGGCAAGAGAUAUGCAAAUGAUUGCUGCACAAAACUUGCAGAUAACUUGUGAUUGGAUAACUCGAGACAAGGUGCCACGAGUACUUAAGGAGCUAAGUGGGGAAAUAAGUGAACCUUUGUAUUUAAUUUUUCAAGAUUCUUUUGUUUCAAGUAUUGUACCGGAGGAUUGGAGAAAGGCAGAUGUUGUUCCUAUAUUUAAAAAGGGUUCAAAAUCCUUGCCUGGAAAUUAUAGACCUGUGAGCUUAACUUCUGUAACUGGGAAAAUAUUUGAAAGACUAUUAAGGGAUAAUAUUCAAGAAUUCAUUGGGAAGAACUUUGCUAUUGGCAAUAAUCAGCAUGGUUUUAUGAAACAUAGGUCAUGUCAAAUUAACCUAAUUGCGUUCUAUGAAGAAGUAAGUAGAAGUGUAGAUGAGGGUGUUGCAGUGGAUGUGAUCUACUUGGAUUUUGCAAAGGCAUUUGAUACAGUUCCUCACAAUAGGUUAGUCUUCAAACUAAAAGAAAUUGGUCUAGAUGAAUAUUCUUGUUCUUAGGUAGAACAUUGGCUUAAGGAUAGAGUACAAUGAGUUGUCAUUAAUGGUAAAUUUUCAGGCUGGACAAAAGUGGUAAGUGGUGUCCCUCAGGGUUCUGUUUUGGGACUGCUUCUAUUUAACAUAUUUAUAAAUGAUCUUGAAAUAGGCAUUGAAAACCAUGUAUCAGUGUUUGCAGAUGACACAAAACUUUGUAAAGUAAUAAAAUGUGAGCAGUAUAUUGCUUUGAUGCAGCGGGAUUUGGCAGAUGAAAUUUAACGUAGAGAAAUGCAAAGUUAUGCACUUCGGGGUUAAGAAUGCUCAAGCAAUUUACACCCUAAAUGGUAGUGAACUAGGGAUAACCACACAUGAGAAGGAUUUGGGAAUUGUUAUAGACAACAAAUUAGGCAGCAAUCUGCAGUUGCUAAGGCCAGUAAGGUGUUGUCAUAUAUAAAAAGGGGCAUAAAUUCUCGGGAUGAAAAUAUAAUUUUGCCUCUUUAUAAAGCGCUUUUAAGACUACACCUUGAAUAUGCUGUGCAAUUUUGGGCGCCUGUUCUAAAGAAAUAUAUCAUGGCACUAGAAAAAGUCCAGAGAUGAGCUACAAAAUAGAUAAAAGGAAUGGAACAUUUUAGUUAUGAAGAAAGGUUCAAAAAAUUUAAUAUGUUUAGUUUGGAAAAACGGCGCCUGAGAAGGGAUAUGAUAAUAUUAUACAAAUAUAUUUGGGGCCAGUACAAACCUUUAUCUGGAAAUUUAUUUAUAAACAGGGCAAAGAAAGGUUUUUUUUUUUUACAGUAAGAGCAAUAAGGAUAUGGAAUUCUCUGCCUGAUAGGUGGUUUUGUCAGUCAUUACAGAUGUUUAAACUGCAAUUGGUUAAAUACUUGCAAAAACAUAACAUACAGGGAUAUCAUUUCUAAUUAGUGGGGUAAUAGCUGCUUGAUCCAAGGACACAUCUGACUGCUAUUUUGGGGUCAAGAUGGAAUUUUUUUCCUAGUUUGUGGCAAAAUUGGAAGCGCUGUGAGGAAGGCUGAACUUGAUGGACGCAAGUCUCUUUUCAACUAUGUAACUAUGGAAUACCAUCCCUAGGAUAAUUUUAAUAAAUUUGCACUCUAUUGAUCCAUUUGGACGUCUAAAAAAUAUACAUUAAAUGGGUCUACACAGGUAUAGAUAUUUGAAUGUGAUCCAGUUAACUGUACAGGGGCAUAGAAAGCUAGAUGUGAGGUUAAAUGUUAAUUGUCAGAGAUUGUAUUGCUUGUGGAUCCCAUCAAUAAUGACCCUGGGAGUCAUUAAUAGGUGACAUCAUUAGUGUCGUCACGAUCCAGAGAAAGUGGAUAGGUAGAAUUUAAAAUUCAAGCAAAAACUAUAUGGUUGGUCUAAGUCCUACAUGCCAAUUAUUGAGCUGACACUCAAAGGUGGGUAGCCACCAGUCAAAUGAUAAAACACCAUUGAGUGAAUAUAUUUACAACUAUUUACAGUUUCUAAAGGGGAUAGUGUUUGGGGAUAACCUUCCAAGGAACCCCUAUCAGAGAGCUAUAAGGGUUAUAGAAACACAGAGAAGGAGAAGCCCUCAUUCAAACCCUGCAGGGAGAGGGUUUUUCAUUUAUAAAUCCAAUAGGACUCGCGCUGUUUAAGUUUACGGUCCCAGUCACCUUUACGUUGGGGUUGUGGGAUAUGUUCUAUGCCUAUAAAACUAAUCUGAUUAGAGGAGUUUGCAUGGUAAAGCUUUUUAUUUAUUUUCAAGUUUCAUAACAAUAGUUGUGUAUACAAUAAUUACAUCUGAAACAAAGACAAUGUGACUUCAACAGGUAAUGUUGCAUAACAUUUUCAAGAUAUAGUGAUAAUCAUUAUACAGGUGAUGACAUAUUGCAUGGUGAAGCUUUAAGUGGCGUGAGACCGGUGUCUCUAAAGGUCUUCUCACCGAAUUGACAUGCUCCCUAAUGCUAUAUUUGAAUGGGCGAAAAGUUUUGCCAACUUAUUUUAUUCCGCAUGAACAGGUGAGCAGGUAAAUUACUCCCUCUGUCCGGCAAUUAAAAAAGCUUCUAACUGGGAAGCUUUCUUCUCCAUUGCUGUCCGUAAAUUGUUUAGAGUUUUUAUCAAUGUGCAAACAUGCGCUGCAGUGUCCACAUCUGUAUAUGCCCUUUGGUAAGUACUGCUUAGAUGAUUUUUUUGGGGGGGGCCAAAUGACUUUGUACUAGAGUAUCACUCAGAUUUUUUCCCCAACGUGCAGUUAUAGAGGGAAAUUGAGUGACCACAUUUUUUUAAAUGCAGAUCCAACACUAAUAUUGGCCAAUAACGUUUAAAAGUUUCCAUCAUGUAUGUCCAACCUGCAUCGUAGGUGGCUAUACAUCGAAUCAAGUUGGAUUUUAAUGUUUGCUGAUAGUUUUCGGAAAGAAGUGAGUCUCUGUCUGAGAGAAUAGCCUUGCCUAUUCCUGUCUAAACCUUGUUGGGGUGUAGCAGUUUUGGCGAAUGGACGGUUCUUAUCCUCUCUCUGUGUUGUUUCACUUAACUGUGAGUUUUUAUUUCAGCUUUUUUCUCUUGUGGGUUAAUCAACCCUAUUUUAGGUUUCCUCCUUUAGCUAUUCUAUCCUAUUAUACUCUGUACUUAUCAUGAAGUCUGACAGAGAUUUGCCCAUGACCUCUGGGUCUCAUGCGACCCCUCAGGUCCCCCACGAUGACCAUGUGGUGGAAGGGGUUUUGUCCCCUGAUUUUCCGGCUACUGCAGACAUGCAGGUGCUUUUGAACGCCUCCGUGUCCAGGUCUAUGACGCAGACUUUGAUGUCUGCUAUGGGCAUGAUGUCGACUUCUUUGUCACACACCUUUACUCAAGCAUUAUGCAGGCUCAAUAUUCUGCCCAGCAGACUACCCUGUCGACUGCAUCCAUACCGACAACGUUUCCACAAGGCUGAAAGCUACGGCAAAGUCUAAACAUUCCUCCAAAAUACACUUGACAGACAGCCUUCCUGAUGUCACGGAUGGAGCACAAAAUCAGCUAGACUGUGGAAGCGGGCGAAAGCGAUAUUGAGGAGGAGAGUGAUGAGUCCAUAAUGGAUGCCUCAGAUGAUCAGUCUGAACCAGACUCCAACGGUGCAGGGGGAGAGGCGACCGCUUCCUCCCGCAGCACCUUCCCCGCUACGGUUUCCGGGACCCAGGUAAGUGUGUAGGGCUCUGGUGACAGCGAGAAAAUCCUGAAUCCUCUGGGUUUUCCCCUGUUUGAUUCAGAAGAAUUGAGACACCCACGUUCAGCAGUAUGGUGCCCUUUGGAGCAUGUAGCGAGGUACAUCGACUCCAGAGUGCGUAAACCUUUGGACAAGGCAACACUGAACAAGUUGCAGGCAGAAUGCCCUCACCCUACAGUCCCUGAUGAUGCAUGUAAAACACCAGUUGUGGAUCAUAAAAUUGUUAAGUUUUUUGGGGAAACUGGAUGGAAACUCAAACGGUUUGGAUUUUUCAUUGACCCACUGUCAGGACAAGGUCCUGGACAUAUGGGGCCCUACUGCCAAAGUUUUUUGAUGUGGUUGAAGACGACUGGGAUCUUGAUUGUGACACCAUCCAUGGUUGGAUCCAACGUAUCAUCUGCCUAGUUGGCAAUGUAAAUACAGCCCUUGCUACGGAGUGCUGCAAGUCCAUCUUGCUUAAAAUCGAACCUAAACUAAUCAAUUUAGCUCUUAACAAGCCAGGUGUUCAAGCUAAAAGCUAAAGGGUUACUAUUUGGUUACUCGUUUGUUAAAGAGUUUGCGGUCAUUUGUCCACCUUUUUGAUAAAGCCCAAUUUUUAACCCUCAAAUUUUUGCCGGGGCCAGAAGAGGAAUGAGCCAUCUGUCCAGCCGUAUACAAAGAGGUUCUUAUAGACAGAACCGAGGCUCCUAUUCGGGACGAGCUGGUUUCCAAGAGCAAAGGGCAGCACCAGCAGAGAGGCAGACCAGCAGAGAGGCAGACCUUGGGUCGCUAGGGGCAUUCGAGGAGCUCCUUCUGGAAGACGACCUUAUGGUAAGUGUCAACACUUCCCCUUUUUUCCUACUGGUAGUGGGGGGGGCAGACUCAUAAAUUUUUCUCAAGUGUGGUCGCAUCUGACGUCAGAUGCUUGGGUCUUUUAGGCUGUGUCGGGUUAUUAGGUAGACUUUGUAUCAUUCCCGGUCCAAACAUCUCCUCCCAGAGAAAUUGUAUUUCCCAAGGAAAAUUGUUGCAUCCAAGGACAUUCUAGAACUGAUGCACAACAACAUCAUUGAGAUCCUGACCCAUACUCCGGGUUAUGUCAGCAAUCUAUUCUGGUACCCAAAAAAGGUGGUGGGGUGAGACCAGUCAUAACCUAAAACAUCUGAACAGUUAUGUAUCCUACCACCAUUUCAAAAUGGAAGACGUACAUUGUCUUCGCGACCUACUUCAACCAGCGGAUUGGAUGGCCAAAUUAGAUUUACAGGACGCAUACCUCACGGUACUUAUAGCGGAGCAACAUCAAAAUUUUCUCCAGUUCACAUGGCAAGGUCAAAAAUCGAGAUUCAGGUGCCUCACAUUCGGACUGUCUUUGGCCCCAUGGUAUUUAAUCAAGAUCAUGAAACCUGUGGUUGCUCUAUUAAGGAGUCGGGGUAUCUGACAUAUCCUCUACCUAGACGAUAUCCUCAUCUUGGCUCAAUCAGCCAGUCUUCUCCACACACACCUAACAAUGACUCUGACGCUGCUAACACACCUAGGUUUCCUUAUAAACUGGGAAAAUCUGUGCUGGCUCCCUCCCAACAUAUCGUAUUCCUGGGACUAGUAGUCGAUUCCACUCUCCAGACUCUACAUUUACCAACCGCAAAGCUCGUAAAUAUCAAAAACGAAAUCAGACAUACGCUGGCUACUCCACAACUCUCCCUCAAACAUUUGGCCCAAGUCAUUGGACUCCUAGCUGCUUCCAUCCAAGCCAAAUUGUCAGGCCCUCUCCAUUAUCUGGCACUUCAAGAACUACUGGCCUCGUACCUCAGAGGCGGAGCAUCUUACGAAGACAUGGUGAUUUUAGACAAAGAGGCAAAAGACGAACUUCAUUGGUGGCUUCCCCACAUGGAAGCCUGAAAUGGACGUGCUAUCUUCAGAACCAACCCAGAACUGACCAUAGAAUCGGAUGUCGGCUUACACGGUUUGGGUACAGGUUGUGGAAAUAUCUCCACAGGAGGGAGAUGGUCAGAUAUAGAAUCUACACUGCAUAUCAAUUGCCUGGAGCUUCUGGCCCGAUCCUUUGCUGUGCGCAGCCUCUCUCCAACUCACUCCCAAUUCACAGUCCUACUGAAGAUAGACAAUGUUUCAGCAGUCAGAUACAUCAACCAUCUAGGAGGCACGAGGUCCAAAGUCCUGGAAAACAUGACAUUCUCCUUUUGAAGCGUACCGCAUGCUCAACCUAUACUGCGCUUUCCGACGAACAUAAAGUCAUUGAAGUUAUCCCUAUUGCGUGACAUCCCUUUGUCUGUCGCCUCCUUCACAGAGUGCGUUUUUCCUGUCCUCUUUUUGCCUCGUUACUCUUUUCUCAGGGGCGUUACUUUUGUCUUCAGCUUUCUGGAGUCAUGGCCAGACAAUGUAUUGCUGUUCCGCAAACAACUUUCCGCUACAUUAGUCAAGCUUUUUUGCCUCAUAUCAUGCAAAAGAGUCUCUGAUGUGCUUGCUCUUGACACGGACGCCCAUUCUUUUACUCCGGAAGGAGUACUUUUUGACAUCUCUAGAAGGACCAAGACCUCCUCCAAGUCUGUUCUCUACCCAGCCUUUCCGGAGAGACCUCUCGUCUGCCCAGAGGCAUAUUUACGGGAAUAUGAAAGUUGUACUGUUUCCUUAUGGAAUUCUCUGAAACAUCAGCUGUUAAUCUCCUUCCGCAAGCCACACCUUCCAGUAUCCUCUCCUUCAUGGCCCAUUGGGUUAAAUGGAUUAUGACUCUAGCCGGUGUCGAUACUUCAGUAUUCUUUCCACAUUCUGCACGUGGUGCUAUGGCUUCUAAAGCUUCUGCACUUGGCUGCUGAUUAGAAGAUAUUUUGUGAGCUGUGGACUGGUAAUCAGAAUCUACUUUUUAUGAUUUUUAUUUUAAAUCGAUUCAACAUUUUGCUGGAACGAUCAUUUCACAGCUUUAAACUAGCAUCAUAGGAGCCUCUGUGUUUUUAAUAAAAUUACCAGAUUUUACUAUUUCAUGCGGUAAAGUCAUGAUUUUAUUAAUGACACGGAGGCCGGUAUUAUCGCUCCCGCCCUUCCCAAUUGACAUUCUGGCUGGGUAAGUUGUUGCUUCACGGUAAGUCUCGAUGCAUGUUAAGUCUAUACAGAUUCUAUUGUAUGUGGGUUAAUCCUUUACAAAUGUUUCGAAUACUAUUAUAUGAUAUAUAUUAUGAUUGAUUGUAUAUUUUGCGGUAAAUUAAGAGCCAUACAUCCAGUUACGGCUUGGAUAUUACCAUAUUGUUUCUAUCUUACAGCUUAACUUCAAGGUCACGUUGGUGAUUCCGUACUGGCUACCUGUUGUAGAUUUGUUUUCUUCAUGGUUCUGGAUGCUCUGUUUCUGUUCGGGAUUGCAAGAAAGAGGAAGUGAUCUAAUGGUUACCGCCUAUUAUGCCAAGGAAUGGAUGCUGAUUGGCUGUUCCAGUUACUAGGAAGAUUGAUCUCUGCUUUUUAGAUAUAUAUAUAUAUACAUAUACAUAUAUAUAUAUAUAUACAGGGAGUGCAGAAUUAUUAGGCAAAUUAGUAUUUUGACCACAUCAUCCUCUUUAUGCAUGUUGUCUUACUCUAAGCUGUAUAGGCUCGAAAGCCUACUACCAAUUAAGCAUAUUAGGUGAUGUGCAUCUCUGUAAUGAGAAGGGGUGUGGUCUAAUGACAUCAACACCCUAUAUCAGGUGUGCAUAAUUAUUAGGCAACUUCCUUUCCUUUGGCAAAAUGGGUCAAAAGAAGGACUUGACAGGCUCAGAAAAGUCAAAAAUAGUGAGAUAUCUUGCAGAGGGAUGCAGCACUCUUAAAAUUGCAAAGCUUCUGAAGCGUGAUCAUCGAACAAUCAAGCGUUUCAUUCAAAAUAGUCAACAGGGUCGCAAGAAGCGUGUGGAAAAACCAAGGCGCAAAAUAACUGCCCAUGAACUGAGAAAAGUCAAGCGUGCAGCUGCCACGAUGCCACUUGCCACCAGUUUGGCCAUAUUUCAGAGCUGCAACAUCACUGGAGUGCCCAAAAGCACAAGGUGUGCAAUACUCAGAGACAUGGCCAAGGUAAGAAAGGCUGAAAGACGACCACCAUUGAACAAGACACACAAGCUGAAACGUCAAGACUGGGCCAAGAAAUAUCUCAAGACUGAUUUUUCUAAGGUUUUAUGGACUGAUGAAAUGAGAGUGAGUCUUGAUGGGCCAGAUGGAUGGGCCCGUGGCUGGAUUGGUAAAGGGCAGAGAGCUCCAGUCCGACUCAGACGCCAGCAAGGUGGAGGUGGAGUACUGGUUUGGGCUGGUAUCAUCAAAGAUGAGCUUGUGGGGCCUUUUCGGGUUGAGGAUGGAGUCAAGCUCAACUCCCAGUCCUACUGCCAGUUCCUGGAAGACACCUUCUUCAAGCAGUGGUACAGGAAGAAGUCUGCAUCCUUCAAGAAAAACAUGAUUUUCAUGCAGGACAAUGCUCCAUCACACGCGUCCAAGUACUCCACAGCGUGGCUGGCAAGAAAGGGUAUAAAAGAAGAAAAUCUAAUGACAUGGCCUCCUUGUUCACCUGAUCUGAACCCCAUUGAGAACCUGUGGUCCAUCAUCAAAUGUGAGAUUUACAAGGAGGGAAAACAGUACACCUCUCUGAACAGUGUCUGGGAGGCUGUGGUUGCUGCUGCACGCAAUGUUGAUGGUGAACAGACCAAAACACUGACAGAAUCCAUGGAUGGCAGGCUUUUGAGUGUCCUUGCAAAGAAAGGUGGCUAUAUUGGUCACUGAUUUGUUUUUGUUUUGUUUUUGAAUGUCAGAAAUGUAUAUUUGUGAAUGUUGAGAUGUUAUAUUGGUUUCACUGGUAAUAAUAAAUAAUUGAAAUGGGUAUAUAUUUGUUUUUUGUUAAGUUGCCUAAUAAUUAUGCACAGUAAUAGUCACCUGCACACACAGAUAUCCCCCUAACAUAGCUAUAACUAAAAACAAACUAAAAACUACUUCCAAAAAUAUUCAGCUUUGAUAUUAAUGAGUUUUUUGGGUUCAUUGAGAACAUGGUUGUUGUUGUUCAAUAAUAAAAUUAAUCCUCAAAAAUACAACUUGCCUAAUAAUUCUGCACUCCCUGUAUAUAUAUAUAUAUAUAUAUGUUUGAUAUUUUUUUUUACGUUAUAUUUGUUUGCUGCUGAGGGAAAUAAAAAAAAGAGUGCUGCGUAAUACUCGCCUCUGUGUCAUUAAUAAAAUCAUGACUUUACGUCAUGAAAACUAAAAUCUGGUAUUUAUAGUUCUAAAGGUGUGUUAUUACAUUUCCCUGUAGACUUCCAUAAAUAAAUACAUCAAAUAUAAUUUAUUCUGUGUAGUAGAAGUGCAUUAAUACGUGCUGCUACAUUGUUUUUGUGUUUUGUUUUUUUUCCAAUAUAUUUUUAAUUUAAGAGCAUGUUAUAAAUGGAAAUUCUAUGUUUUCUUUAAAUUCGCCUAAAGUACAAACCUGCAUUUUGUCAGUGUGCUCGUAAACUUCCCAUGUUCCCUACUACCAAUCCAUGAACAGGUAGAAAUGUUCCAUUCUAACAAAGCUUUUUCAACAGCAACAUAGUAACGUUUAACAUUUUUCCUCUCUUAAGCCACUCUAUGGAUUACUUCAAGCAAAACUCCAGCUUAUUACUCAUGCCUACUUUGAAGAAAAGGAUUUUUCCCAAAUAUCUAUUCUUAAGGUAUGAAACAUAACAUCAUCUUCGGUAGUCUUGUGCAUCCUAAAUUAGUGUUGUAUGAUUUGAUUAAACAUUUUAAAGGAUCACUAUAGUGUCAGGAAAACAAACUUGUUUUCUUAAAACUAUAGCAUCCUUAGGACCCCCCACCCUCAGGGUCCCCCUCCCUUACCGCUGAAGUGAGCUUCUUGAAAAGUGGAGGUGUGGAGCAGUGCCCAGCUGACCACAUGUAAGAAGUAAACUGUAAACCUUGUGGUGUGACUUCUUAUAUUGUUAAAACCCCUUCAGCCACUUACCUUUAUCCGGCACCAGGCUCCCUCGACGCUGGUGACCUCUCCUCCCCCGUCGACGUCAGCUCCUGAGUGGAGCGGAAUGCGCAUGCGUGGCAAGAGCCACGCGCGUAUUCAAACAGUCCAUAGGAAAGCAUUUCUCAAUGCUUUCCUAUGGACGUUCUGCACGCUGGAUGCGAAUUUCAGCCAGGAAGUCAGCCACUAGAGGUUGGAUUAACCCUGCAAUGUAAACAUGUUUACAUCUGAAGGGUUAAAACCUGGGGGACCUGGCACCCAGACCACUUCAUUGAGCUGAAGUGGUCUGGGUGACUAUAGUGUCCCUUUAAACCCCAUCCUUCAUCUGAAAAAUAUACAGUAUGUAGGAAAAUGUAUAAGCACACCAGUAUCUACAAAUAUAAAAAGCUAAACAUAGUUAAAACUCAAAUUAAAUGGAAAUGAGAGAAACCACAGACACAUAGAGUGCAUCUUUAAUAAUACAAGCACUCCAUACUUUAUUACACUUACCAGAUUCAAAUGUAUUCAAGCAUAUCACUAACUCCACUGGUUCCUCAUACAGUCCGGAUUCCAAGUGGGAAAAAGGUCAAACAGCCAUUUGAACACAAUAUAUAAAAUCAAUAAAAAUUAGCCGUACGCGUUUUUCUCCAUGUGCAUGUUUAUUUACCCCCCUUAUUCCUAUAUAUUCAUUAUUUUACUGGUGUUGCUAUUUGUUGGGUAUAAUAGUGUGUGUUUUCCUGGAAAAUACAUAAGUAACAAUAUUCCUUAUACUGUUCCUACGAUAACUGGGAUUACUAUUGGGUGUAAAUCACUUGACCAAGAGUGUACACCUCAUAGUGAAGGUAUCAGAGACUGUAUCCCUAAAUUGAGUUUUUAAGUUAUAGUCAUUAAUAAAACUCUUUUGAUACAUUCCUUGAAAGGAAUAAUUUUAAUAAUUCCUAGCUUUUGAACAGGACUUCUAAAGCAUGUAACAUUAAUGGUCAUUAAAAUCUGGUUUAAAUUAAGAAGCGUUGCUCAAAAAUAUUUUCUCAUGUUAAAGUGUAACCUUAUGAUGACAGCUGAAUGUUUGUUUAUUUAAACAAGAAAUAUAAUCUUAUCCACACACCAGUAACAUACUCUUUUUGUUUUCUCUGAAGGAACUUUAUGAACAUAUGAAUGGCUCAUUAGGCGGAAGUGCACUGGAAGGAUCACAACUAUAUCUUGGUAAAUAAUGUUUUGUUGAUCCUGCAAACAGAAUUGUCACUUCCUAUUUCAUCUUUCAUUUUAAUUGUCUGUCAUGCAAGCCUUGCUGUUAAAGGAUUUUUUAAGAACAUUUGGCCACAUAUAGUAUUUUAUGAUGAGUCAUUGUGAAGAUUUAAAACCUCACCUGCAGCUGAACCUUUCACGGACAACUCUCAUUUGCAGCAUUUGUAUAAUUUUUCUUAUGAAUGUAUUAUAUUUUUGAAUAUGGUUUUUCUAUAACCCAUAGUGACUUUUUUUUUUCUUUUUACUUGUUCGAUAUUUAAGUCCUUAUUUUCUUCCAGGUCUAAGUUAAUAUAAUUAAAAGAUGGAUUAUCAUAACAUUUGAAAAUUAUAUUUUCAGCACAUUUUGCAUCUUUAUCGUAGUUCUGUAUCUAAGAUUUUAAUCAAAGGCUUAUCUUGUCUUCUUGGUUGCUAACGAAAAUGGUGUGUCCUGUUGAAGAAAUGGAAAUACACUGACAUUUCUUUUGUUUUUUAAAAUCGGAAUGGAACAUUAUAAGGAUUAAUUUGUAAUGUGAUUAUUGUUAGGAAAUCAAAGCAAACUGAAAUGAAUUUCAAGCUUAAGGCUAAAACAGCCAAAGUGGAAAAAGACCCAAAUGCCAUUACAUAUCCUCCCAUUAUUAUUAUUAUUAUUAUUAUUAUUAUUAUUAUUAUUUGCCAACAGAUACUGGUUCAAGGUAACUGUUCACUUUCUAAAAUAAAAACUAUAACCAGUUGAAGAAAAAAUGGCAAACAACAACUUAUGUUAUUUUAUAAACUAGGUCACAAUGUUCAAUUUUGAGGCUGUGCCUUACUGGUAUCCAGCAACUCUAAUUUAAAGUGUCUGUUCUGUUUUGACUUUUGUGCAAUUGGCCCUCUUUGCAGAUGCAGUUUAUUAUGUUUGGCAUAUCAAGUCAAUACAGAUGAGAGUUGUUUCUUUUUAUACAUAAUCAUUUUGUUGAUUUUAGUUUUUUUUAUUUUUUGUUUUUUGUUCUCAUGACUGUUUCUGUUCUUGGUCCUUAGACUGCUUUGGCCUUUAUGGAACCAAUGCUAAUGUUUGCCUAAUGUUGUAAACCUUUAUAAAAUGAAUACACUGUGUUCAUUUUCAGACAUAUGUAUAAAGACCACUAAUGUAUAAAAGGUUGAGUAACUGUUUUGUACAUAAAAUCACUGCAAACGUGCACACUAUUUAUACGCAAAAUCCUGUGUUUCAGUCACUUUUACCUAAAAUAUAUUUCAUCUAACUUUUUUUUCCUCCCACCCCACAGGCCUGUCACCUCGGGACCUCGUCCUACAGUUUAGGCAUAAGGUAUUGCACUUUGUAUAUUUAUUUGGCCACUACUGAACCAAUGUUUUUUUGUUGUAUGUGCUUUUUUGAAUUAGAGGGAUACUCUAGUCAUCAUAUACACAUUAGCUAAUUGAAGUGAUUAUGGUGUCAGAGUACCAUCCCUGUAGUAUUAUAUUUGCACAAAAUGGGGUUUCCAUAAAAGAGCAUGCAAUUACACAUUCUUUAUACGAACUCAUACCAGUCUGUUGGUAUGUCAGUAUGGAUGUAAGUGGACUUUCAGAUGCUCUUUCCUAAAGGGAGCAUAUUUACAAUGCUAUGUGUGCUGAGAGUCUGAAAUUGUAAUUGCUGGCUUUAAUUCAGAGCUAAGAGCUUUCCUUUUAAGCCCUAUUUGGCCCGUUGAGGCUAACAUAAGAUUUCAAGAAUGGUACUCUGGCACUGUAACCUUUUCAGUAAUCUGAAGUGAUCAUGGUUUCUAGAGUGUAUAAUUUAAAAAUUAUAUUACAGUGAUAAAUUCAGGAGACAAAAACUGGAAUAAAAUAAAUGAAGUCGGGGCAAUACAAGCACUGCUGUACUUAUCUGCGCAACAAAAAUAAAGAAUCAUAAAAAAUAUAGUGCAAGAUCUGCUAUUUAGAGAUACUUUUAUGCAGUUCAAGUAGACACCAAUGUAGAAAAUUAAUACAAUAAUAUGUGGUGCUAAAACUACCAUACAGCUUUGCUGUGGUAAUUAAGCUGAAAACUAAAAUAAAACAUUAGACCAGCCAUUUUUCUUUAGCUCUUGGUAACUUUCUCACAGGAUCUAUAUUGUACACUGGUUCUUUGGAAUCGUUUUGGACUUCUGGAUUUUCCAUGGAUAGUCUAGCACUUGCGGAAUAAAGUGCCUUAGGCAUAUAUUGUGCAAUGCUUGAGAUUAUGCCUGUUCCUAUUGGUCAUUCUUGGGGUGACUCCUUUUGCUGGAGAUUGUCAUUUACAUCAUCCAAAGAAGUGCCUAAAAAUAAAUGCAUACAUAACUAGCAGCUCACAUUCUGCAAUGCUUACAAGUGUCAGACUGCUGUGAUGGUAACUGUGCACCUAGAACACAACAUUAAACUAUGAUGAUUUUGUAGCUUAGAGUGUCCAUUUAAUGUUUGUUAAACAUGUAUGGGAAUAUAAGAGAAAUGCUGCAAAUUGUGUUUAUUCAUACUUUUUUUUUAUGUGCAGGUCUUAAUUUUGUUUAAACUGAUUCUUCUUGAGAAAAAGGUAAGUUAAAGUCAAAAUGUUCUGAUUUUCAUUGUAUUAAAGUGUGCAUGAUAUGUGAUAAUUACAUAGUGGCACAUGGUGGCACUUCAUGCAUUGUAAUAGGCCUUUAUGUACGUGUGGAAUAGAUAAUGCAUGAAAAACUAUGUGCUAAACAAUACAUUUCAAAAGAUAGGCUGAAAAAUAAGCCUUUCAUCUGUUUCUGGUUUUAAUUAAAAAAUCUAGUGAAAACCCCAAUUAGAAGCACUUUGGAAUUUUACCAGGAUAUGGAAAAACAAUAUUUCUUGCUAUUCAUAUUAUUCAUCAACACACUAUUUUACCACAUAACUGUAGUAGCCUUGAAUAUUCAGUUUUUUCAAAAAAACAUCCAGAUUUUAUUAAGGAACACUUUUUAAGCACCAUAACCACUACAGCCUGCAGUAAUGAUUUAUGGUGCCAGUUCAUUUGUGCCCUCUCACAUUAUCUAACCAAAUUAUUUAAGAAUGACAACUUACCUGUGUUCCACCUCCUCCUUUGCUGCUUAAAGCUCCUGCAUGGAGCUUUUGUUGGCUCCACUGAGUUAAGACUUGCAGUUCAGAGCUGUUAAUAGGCUGGUUAAUAGAUGCUGCUCUCUACUUCCUCAAAGCCAGAAGAAAAGCCAGUGACUCCUAAGCAGGAGUUUCUGUUAGAUCUCAUGAUCUAAACACUACAAUGCAGGCUAGUGUGUUGUCUGACAGUGUCAACUGAUUGCUCUCAUCCAUUGAACUAUGCCCUGAACUGUUAGGCUUAGCUGAAUGAAGUGAGCUUCUUGAAAAGUGGAGGUGUGGAGCAGUGCCCAGCUGACCACAUGUAAGAAGUAAACUGUAAACCUUGUGGUGUGACUUCUUAUAUUGUGGGGGGCAGGAGGGGAGGGGUCACUAGGGCUCUCCCAGUACCAUAACCACUAGUUUAGAUUUUUUCUUUAACCCCUUCCCGACCGCAGACGUAUCAGGUACGUCCGACAAAAAAAACGGUCCUUAAGGACUGCAGACAUGCCUUAUAUGUCCGCGGCUAAUUAGAGUGCUGUAAGCGAUCAUGAUGUACUCAGGAGAUGUUGCUGAACACAUACUGAUGUGUUGAUGCCUAAAAUACAAUGUGAGAGAAAAAUAACACAAAAAAAUGACUACCCAAAAGUUUGACAAAGACUGGUGGUAGAAUUAGUGCAUGGAAAGUGUUAAAAUACCAUUACUUGAAAUACCUUAAGGUGUCUACUUUUAAAAAAUAUAUUGUUUGAUAGGGGUAAAUUACAUUGCCCGGCUUCAAAAAUGCUCCAAAUGGGAUAUGGGUGCAUGAUGACCAGCUGUGAAAAUUCCAAGUUGGAAAACAGGAAUGCGCACCCUCCAAAUAAGGUCUUUUAGUCCCCAGAGAACUUGACACACCUGUACAUGGGUGAUAUCACUGUACAGUACUCAGGAGAUGUUGCUGAACACAUAUUUUUGUGAUAUUUGGCAGUAAUAUUUAAAGUUCUCAGUUUCUCAGUACAUGUAUUCUUAAAUUGCUAUGUGUGUCCAAAAAAAAAAAAAUCUGUUGGUUUGCAUAAAAAGAGCACGAAAAGAGUCAAUAUACCCCAAGUUUAAUACCUUAGGUUGUCUUCUUUUAAAAAAUAUAUACAUGUGAAAUUUUAUUCAGGGAUUCCUGACAGAUAUCAGUGUUACAAUGUAAUUUGCGUUAAUUUUAAAAAGAAAAUGGUUAGGAAAAGCAAAGUGCUACUUCUGCUUAUUGCCCUAUAACUUGCACACAAAAAAAAAAGCUAAGAACAUGUUAACAUUGGGUAUUUCUAAAAUCAGGACAAAAUUUUGAAAAUAUGUGGCAUGGGUGGUUGUAGAUGCGCAACAGAUUUUGGGGGUCAAAGUCCGAAAAAGUGUGAGUUUAAAAAAUAAAUAAAAAAAUUAUAGAAAUUUAUAUGGUAUGAUGAAAAUAAUGGUAUCUCUAGAAAGAGAAACACUGUACAUAAUACAUGUGGGUACAGUAAAUGAGUAAAAGGAAAAUUACACCUAAACACAAACACCGCAGAAAUGUGAAAAGAGCCCUGGUUAUUAAGGGGUUAAGAAUGACAACUUACCUAGCUCCCAUCAUUUUCUGCCCUGCUGCCGGAAGCUUCUAAAGGAGUUUCCAUUAGCUCCACUGACUGAGCUCUGAUUGCUCUCAGCCACUGAGCAGGGCCUUGCACUGAGUAAGAGCUUGCAUAGAGGCAGUGGCCAGCACUUGGCAGACCCUGUUCUUAAACAGUUUGACUUCUUGUUCUGGGAAAGUGCCAGGACACUCCUGACACCAAAACUACUGCCACUACAAAACUUACCAAAUGCAAAAGCGUUUUUUUAAAGCAAAAAUGUCGGAAACAAUAAGUGAGAAUUAUAUGGAAUAUUAUGUUACAAAGAUUUCUAAAAGUCUACACCUGCCAUUUAAAAUGGUGUUUACCAGAGAGACAUAAAACAGAACUGCUAAAAUCUGAUGCAUAAGUUAAUGUUUAAUUAUGGAAAAAAAAAUACUUUCUAAGAGUAAGAUAUGCAUUAUUUUAACUGACAGUUGGUAACAUUUUAACAUUAAUGAAUCCUUAUCUUCUGUAGGUUCUGUUUUUUGUUUCUCCUGUUAACAGACUGGUGGGUGCAUUGAUGACUGUCUUGUCUCUCUUUCCAGGUAAGGUAAUUUUACAGUAAAACAAAGCAAUAACCAUUGAUAUAGAAAUGUAUUUAUGUAACCUCAAAUGCAGGUAAGCUGACAAUCAGAUUUUACCUGCAAACUUUAGGGCAGGGGUGCCAAAAAGGUAGAUCCCCAGAUGUUGUAGAACUACAGCUCCCAUAAUGCUUUGCAUACUUUUAGAAUGCUUUAGAAUGACAAAGCAUCAUGAAAGCUGUAGUUUUAAAACAUCUGGUGAUCUACGUUCUGGGCACCCCUGCUUUAAGACAAUCUAAGUGUGCUGGGUGUGGUAGAAUAACAUGGCUUAAAUUGCACAGUUUACCAUGUAGAAAAAAGGAUUUUUUUCAAUACUUCUAGUAAAGCAAAUGAAUGUUAGAUUUGAUCAAUUUUAUGAUGUUCAAGGAUUAGUUUGCUCUUGUGCAUGUGGAAAUAGUAACACUACUAGAUCAUUCUAAACAUUAUUGGGGGUUGUAGUAGUUAUUUCUUGUGUGUGAAAGUUUACACCUUUCUAAAGAAAAGUCAUGCAGAGUUCACUGUAUCAAAACCUGUGAUUCCAUUUCAGCAUCUUUUAAUGAAAGUUUUGACCGUCCCUUAAAUAGGUAUGAUUGAACAUGGGUUAACAGACAGUUCACAGUACAGACCACGGAAGAGCAUGUCGGAAGAUGUGGAAUUACCUGCUGUUGUGCCUACAGAGGAUUAUUUCUCUCCUGUUACUACCCAGGCAUCAACUGCAAAAGAAGUAGAGCAGUUUCACAACAUCCCAGCUGAAGUGCCUCUUUUUAAAUCAGAGAUGGACACUAAUGGUAGUGUUGAACAAAUACGGCCUCCUUCCCACACAUCUCCAGAAUCUAUAGAGAGUGAUUGGGAGACCCUAGAUCCAAGUAUACUUGAGGAAUGUAUCACAAAGGAUGAAGGGGAAGUAGGAAGGCCAGAACAGACUGAUAAUUUUAACAAGGACCUGGUUUCUUCAGGGAGCAUACCCAUUACAGUUCAACCUCAAUCUGCCACAGGACAGACCGUAUUCGUUCCAGGACUUAUAUCUGGGCUAGAAGAAGACCAAUAUGGAAUGCCUCUGGCCAUCUUUACAAAGGUCAGUUGCAUGAAACCUUUGCAAAAUACAGGUUUUGGCUACUUAUCUUGAGACCAUAAAUAAUUAACUCUUUUCCGAACACUAGACAAAGUUGGUUUCUUAAAGACCAAUGCAAAGAAUAAUUAAAAUGUAAUCAUUUCUCCUAAUAAAGUUAUCACAUUUUAUCUAUGGCUUGAAAUUUCAAGUCCUUCACCAGGAGUUACUCUCCUCUGCAAGCCUGAAGGGUCCAUGGCACACUAAGCAAAGGUGAAUUUCUAUUUGCCAGGUCAAAAUUUUCUCUCACCAAUGUCAAUCCAAUACAGUUUAGAAGAUGGCACACUCUCAAACUUAUCAACCAGAGUGUCUGCAGACCUGGGUAGGCAAAGCACAUGAAAUCAGUAGCGACAAAAAAAAAAAAAAAUAACAGACUGGGCACCGGAAGCUGGUUUCUAGCAGGUUUAUAGGAAAACAACCAUACCACUUUUCACCUCCAAAAGUUUGAAAAAGUCUCUUUUUUGGAGACGAAACGUUACUUUGUUCCUUUUCAAUAAAUCAGUCUCAUGUGCCGUGUCUGUUUUUCUUUUUAAGUUUAUAAAAACUUACAGAAAUAUAGUAUCAAAUGAGUUACAAAAAGAAUGAGCUGUAAAAUGUAGGAAUCAUCAAGACUAGCUUUGGCUGCUUGCUUUUUUGUUUUUUCUCAAAAACUAGAAGGACUAGGACUUCGUGCACUACAUUCACUAAGCUUUAUUGGUUAUGUUCCUCAGAGUGUCCAUUUCAGGUUGCCUGUAAUCCUGUUUAGGCAAUUAGUAUUUGAGUUUAAAUACCCAUCCACUAAUUAUCUUUUAAUGGUCCAUUUUUUUUGUCCAGGGCUAUUUGUGUUUACCAUACAUGGCACUGCAGCAGCAUCAUCUACUCUCUGAUGUCAGUAUUCGUGGAUUCGUAGCUGGGGCAACAAACAUUCUAUUUCGCCAACAAAAGCACCUGAGUGAUGCCAUUGUUGAGGUGGGUAAUUCCCAAGAACACAAAGGCUAUAAGUAGGGUGUGUUUUGGAAUAAAUCUGUGUGCAUUGUUUUUGAACAGUUUUUAGAUUGAUUAAAACACAAUCAGGGUUAUUUACUGAAGUGAGAAUUCAGAGUAGCCAAAAAGAAAGCAUAGCUGAAUUAGAGAAUUUUUCCAUUGCGACAAUUUUAACCUUAAAUUUGAAAUUCACUUUGAAUUCACGUAGGUUUCUCACUUUAAUGAAUAUUCUUGAAUUACUUUUCAAUAGUGAACAAGAGAAAGAGAGACUACAGUGUUGAUCAAAACCAGCACUGGUGUCUCACAUAAGGUUACGUAGGUACCCAAGGGCAUGAACCCUAAACAUACGUUUAACAAAGAAAAGAAAGAGUGAGAUGGAGAGUCCGUCUGCAUAAAGCAGGACGGAUGCCCACUCCACCAAAAGGGUACCUCUUAAAACGAAAAUUUGUAUAAGUGGUAAAAACCUUUAUUAGGCCGAAUAUUUAAACACAAAAAAAUAAUAAUACAAACCUAACAAUAGUGAAAACCAAGUGAUAAUACACCUUUAAAAUCUGGGUGGAGUUGUUCAAAACAGCCACAUUGAAUACUAGGAGGGUAUUAUGUAGCUAAUGUGAAUGUCCUCCAAAAGGAAUUCCUAUAGUGAAUACAUAGAUAAACACCUCCAAAAUAUCAGUGUUCUGCAGGGUCCUGGCAUUCAUAUGGAAGUUACUCUGACCACAACUCCUAUACAUAGAGAUUGCUGGAGACCAGAAACACCCCUUAAUGGCAAUGGUGUUUCCUGAUGGCAGUGGCCUCUAUCAGCAAGAUAACACACUUUGCCACACUACAAAAAUUGUUCAGGAACGGUUUGAGGAACAUGCCCAAGAGUUGAAGAUCUUGUUUUGGCCUCAGAAUUCCCCAGAUCUCAAUCAAAGGAUCUGCUACUAAUGUCUUGAUGCCAGAUACCACAGGACGCGUUAAGAGGUCUUGUGAAGUCCAGCCUCGACACAUCAUAGCUGUUUUGGCAACAAAAGGGGGACCUGCAUGAUAUUAGGCAGGAAUGUUUAAUUUUGUGGCAGAUUAGUUUAUCUGCUUAACAAAAAUCAUUUAACAAUUGAGUUAGCCAAGACGGUUAGCAAAAUAGAGAGAGUAUGAAUUGUUAGGAAUGCCUUGUCUAUUCAGCCAUACAAUUUUUGGUGCUGCUGAAAAUAUGAAUGACUGACUAAUUGUAUACUUAUUGGUUUAAUAUAAAUUGUCAAUAAUGCAUUAGGUCACGCAUUCAGGGUUGUCCACUAAAGUGAGAAUUGCCAAGAAUCUAAAGUGAAUUCAAAAUAUAGGCCAAAAUAGCCAAUUUAGAAAAACAAAUUGAAAUAAUUUCUUUGGUCAGUUUCGCUAUUUGGUCCUUACAUUUUAAUUUUACUUUGAAUUGCAAGAAAUUCUAACGUCUGUAAAUAAAUAACCGUAUCGAUAAGAGUGAGUAGAGUGAGCAAGUCUGUGAUAUUUGCAACAGAAUUUUCAUUACAAUGUUUAUAAUGUGUGCAUGUACGUGUGUGUGUACAUGUGUGUGUGUGUGUGUGUGUUUGAGUCAGGUUUACAAUCAUUUUUUCUGAUUAUUGGCUAAUUAGGUAGAAGAAACCCGAAUCCAAAUUCAUGACCCAGAGCUCAGGAAGAUCCUGAACCCUACAACUGCUGACCUCCGAUUCACCGAUCACCUAGUAAAGCACGUUACAGAAAACCGGGAUGAUGUGUUCUUGGAUGGCACAGGUUGGGAGGGUGGAGAUGAAUGGAUAAGAGCUCAAUUUGCCCUCUACCUCCAUUCCUUACUUUCAGCCACAACACAACAAGGUAAUUGUCCUGCUAGAAAACGAUGAAAGGUAUUUGAUUUCUAAUGAGUUCUUGUUCAUUUUUGUAUAAAAAAAAUCAUUACUGUUAUCAGUUAAAUUGAUAUAAUCAUAAAACAUAGGUUUGCUAGUCGAGGCCCUCGUAAGGCCGUUCUGGAUUAACCAAGUUGUACUGGUACCAUCUAAGUACCUGGGCUAUUUUGACAACAUUUACAUGUCUAUGUCUCUAUGCAGGCAAUAUGGCCUGGCUUGUACAAAAUAACUACUAAUUCUCUGCACUGUGGGUUCUGGAACUACCUAAAUGAAACCUAUUUAGCAGAUGUUGAAUUGGGUACAAGUGGUCCUGUUUUUUUUCCCCUACUGAUUCAGCUCUCUUGUGCUGAUAUUCUUAUCUCAUUGAACAAACUGAGAGAUUGUGCAUGUGCUUUUAAGUUUGCUUUUUUAUGUUCACCAUUUACUUUGAUUUAGUUUGUUUUUUACUACAAUAGAUUGAUGUUUGACAUGCGUAUUUUUGGACUUUAUCUUUAUAUGUUACUGUUUUUUCGUGCCAUAAUUUGCGGUGUAUUUUUUCCUUCUUAUUGCUGAAUGUACUACUUUUAAGGUUUACCACCUUGUUCUUUUUUGUGUGUUUUCUAUUCCACCUCUGGUACAUUCUGGAAUUUUUUUAUAGCACUCCAUUAGCCCUUUUAGGGUGUUUACACAGAUCCACCUCCUCUUUACUUGUUUAAGGUGCUCUACACUGCUUGUUACUACCAAUUGCGAUGCCAAUAGAGAUUUAUGCUAAACUACAGAACUUCUAUUUGUAACAACAAAUUGCAUGAUUUUGCUAUUACAUGACGAAAAGUCAUGAUUUUAUUAUACGGAGGCGAGUAUUGCAUAUCCCUUUCUUUACUGUCCACCAAUAGCAGCAAAGAAUACAAACAGAAUGAAAAAAUAAUGAACAUACAGUAACACAGGCCCCUCCCCGCUCAGGUCCCAGUAUAAUAGGCAGCACUUCCCUUCCAUUUCCCUCUUUCUGAAGAUGCGACCCUACAAAAUAACGUCAGUAACCAAGAACAGCGAUAAUGUCCAAUGAGGAGACAAUGUAGAACUGUUCGCCAAGAAGAGGAUAACACUUCAACAACAGGGAAGCACAACCGGAUAAUCGUACGACCAAACUCUAUCAGCCGGGGGAGUCCUCACAAGCUGAAGCAUGGCAUUCCACCUCGUCGGAUCAGGCUGUGAAAACAUAAAGGAACAGGAGCCCACAGGUUAAAGUCGAUACUUGCAACCAAUUUCAAGGCCAGGCUAAGCAAACCCCACAUAUCUACAGUUCCACAAUUCAGAGUGAUUAAACAAGUCAAGGUACAUAAUCAACCCCGUUACGACACGGCCCCACUUACCAUACCAAACCAUUCGAUGUAACUCGUGUAAACAUACAACAAACUGGGUAGGAAAGAAAAACAUAACAUGAGAAAUAUAACAUGGGUGGGACAAUACUCGCCUCUGUAUCUUUAAUAAAAUCAGGCGAUUUUAAUAAAAGGGGGUGACAUCGUCCCAUCGGGUCCAACAGCAGUUUGUGAAACGACGGCAGUAGUCAGGCAUAGUCCAUCGUCAUCUCGAGCAUUUGAGGGAACCAUGACUGCAUCUCCCAGAAGGGGUCACCAUGACUAACUCGGCCUGGUGUCUGCGGGUUUACAGGAGUGAGCGCGGGAUCAUGGAAAAUGGAGGAAAAGCAUACAGGAAGUCUCCGCUCCAGUCUUGCAGGAAGGCCUCCGCUGCAUUCAUUUAAAAUCUAUAUUUAGUAUUCUAACUAUUUAUUUGCAUCUCCAGUUAUUUUAAUAAGAGAUCAUAAUAUUUAGGCGUACUAUCUAGCAUUACCAAACUUAUUUUUACGUAACUUUAUAGGCGAUGUCACAGUUCUAAACUUAUCUGUGUUACACAGAGGUUCACUGACAGCUUAAUAUACAGCUAACUGACAGUGUAACCAAUUUGGCAACAAUUACUGUUGAAUUGUUACUUGUUUCCAUCCAUGCCUAUUUAUUGAGUUUGUUGCUUUUACACCUCUUACCAAGCCCUUUUUGUUAUACAUACACAGGAUCUAUACUCUCUACACCCCAGGGUACCCUAUCCUUCCCCCCUCCACACUUUACGUAUAUAAUAAAUUUUGUUAAGCACAGACGUGAGCUAUAACAAGAGAAUAAAUAGAGUGCAACCUUAGAACUUUUUAAUACCCUUAGCUAUCAAGCUAUUUCUUUUUAUUUUAAUUAUUUAUUUAUUUCGAAUUGUCACACCUUAUUUUGUUUGUGUGUUACACUUUGGGUGAUUGGCAAUUUUUAAGAUAUAUUUUUCAAUAAAUUCUUUGUUGUUUUCGAUUCGUAUGUUUAGCCUUCCAUUGGUACUAUUUUUCAUAACCAUUCCUAUAUGUUCCUAGCACCCUGAAUUCAGGUAUACUACUUUCAUACUCUUUUUUUUUAUUUCACCAGGGGUUUAUCCCCCCUUUUCUCUAGUAUACCAGAGUGAGCUGUAUCCAACUUGUUCUUAGGCCAGGUAAGUAUUCCGCGUAAACCAUCCGGUUCUGUUCCAGGCAAAACUCCCAAAAGUCUUUCGCCAGACUGGCCAACACCGCAGACUGUGUACCGCCUAGGUGGUUGACAUAUCUCACUGCUGAGACAUUGUCAAUGCGGAGGCGGAUACAUGCCAGGACCCGGUCCCUCGCGAAACUGCGGAUGGCGAAGGAGCCUGCCAGGAACUCCAGCGCGUUGAUGUGUAGCCGGGAUUCGGAUUCCGACCAGCGACCUCCUGUCGAAAACCCCUCGCAAUGGGUCCCCCAGCCAUGGAGGUUCGCAUCGGAGUCGAUGGUGAAUUCUGGCAGCGAGCCGAAGAUCGCUUUGCCGUUCCACGUGGACAGGUUGAGGAUCCACCUUCGUUUCGCUGUCCAGGGACACCAGAUCCGCGUAGGAUGCACCGGCCCUUGGGUGCGCUAUUUUCAGGUGCUGUAGCACUUGGUAGUGGAGCAGGCCCGGAAAUACUGCCCGUAUAGAUGAGGCCAGUAGGCCGAUGAGCUGUGCAAGCUGUCGCAAGGUGAGCUGGGGCCGGAUGAGGGGUCUGCGAAGCUCUUUGCGGAUGGAUCGAAUCUUGGUCAUCGGCAGGCUCAGCGUCACCUCCCCCGAGUGCACGAGUAACCCUAGGAAUUCCAUGCGAGUGACAGGGGUCAGGCACGACUUUUCCCUGUUGUAAUGAAUCCCAAGCAAGAAAGGAGGUUUAUGGCCAACUGUAGGUGUGUAAGGAGAGUGGAGCACUCUUGAGCCAUGAGAAGGAUGUCGUCUAGGUAUAUGAUUAGACGAACCCCCCGACUGCGCAACCAGGCCAUCGUAGGUCACAGCAGUUUUGUGAAGCACCACGGUGCUGAGGAGAGGCCAAAGGGCAGGCAGGUAAAUCGCCAAAUCUCGUGCCGCCAGCAGAAGAGCAGGAGGUCUCGGGAUGUCACCGCAAUCGGUACAGUCAGGUACGCAUCUUUGAGAUCUAGUUUUGCUAGCCAGUCUCCCUGCAGGAGAAGAUCUCGUAGCAGGUGAAUACACUCCAUCUUAAAAAAAAAAAUGGCGGUACCGAACCAUGGCAUUGAGGGGGCGCAGAUUUAUGACGGGCUUCAUUUGACCGCCCUUCUUUUCCACCAGGAAAAUGUUGCUUAUUACACCUGCGGGGUUGAGAGGUGCCCGUUCUAUAGCCCCUUUGACAAGUAGGGUGGAGAGUUCUUCGUCGCUCAAUCUGCGAUCCCGGAGUGAGAAGCAGAUGGGUCAUGGAGGGGGAAUGUGUACAAGGUGCCCCACUAGUUCUAUCUGGAAACCCCAACCACUGGUCAGCACCCAAAGGUCUGAGGUAAUUAGUGACCAAGCUGGGAAAAAAUGUUAGUCUGCCCCCUACACAAACAUGAGAAGAAAUUUGAUGUAUGAGGGAACUCACCGUAAGGUCGUCUGGAACUAGAGUUGCCCCGGAAACCUUGCCACUGGCGUCCACGGGACUGGAAGAAAGUGGGACGGGUAUUAGUCUCCUGGUAGUUAGCACGUUGCUGGAAGGAGCCUCGUCCCGUGCCACGUUAUUGGAAGUAGGUACGGCCGGACAGACGGCUCCUGAAUCUGCUGGCCCUGGUGGAUACCUGUCUCAUGGAGGCCUGGGCCUUGUCAAGGGCUGUAAAUGCCCCAACGAAACGCCCUAAGUCUUUAAUAAAGGAAUUGCCGAAGAGUAAGCCUUGGGCGCCCUUACCAGCUUCUGUGAGGGCAAGAUUGGCCAGCUUUGGUUCAAUUUUAAACAAGAUUGCUUUACGCCGUUCUAUAGAGAGGGAGGUGUUAACGCUCCCGGCAAUACAAAUUGCUCUCUGGACCCAACUACGUAGGUCAUCUGGGUCAACCAUGCGGUUCCCUGCUCUGGCGUCUUCCGCCAAGUCAAACAAUUUGGCCAGAGGGCCGAAAAUAUCCAGGUGUUUAUCCUGGCAAGAUUUCAAGGCAGAUUCUAGCCCCUCACGGGGGUUCCAGCCCAGUUUAGUGAGGAACUGAGUCAUUUUGGGGUCUACCUCAGGAGUGUCACAUACUUUAUUGGGCACCACCGGCCUGGGACACUCCGCCCUCAAAUUGUUACAUGCCGCUUUGCUAAGAGACACAGACUAAAUAAAAGAGACACAGACUAAAACAAAAUAUUCAGUGGGAUAUUCUCACUGUGAGGUGAGAGUAGGAUGGGCCAUGGGUGCUUAUUCUACCCCCCUAGCUGGAGCUGGUUGAACUAUGGGGAUUGCCUGGACCCAUUCACAAAUUAAGCUUUUGACCGAAAGAUUCCUUGAAUCGCUAUAGAACUGUUCACCGCAUUGAAACUGUGUCACAACCUGGUGAACGUUUGGUCGGUUGUCGCUCGGUCGCCCAACCGCUGCUGCUAUUUGGAGAGGAUGUGGAGGAAGUUGAUGAGGCAUCUAAGGAUACCAAAGACUUUAGAGCAUGCCUCUCCCCAGAUCUCUAGGAACCCCUUUUGUGAGACAGGGAACAGCCAACCAGUCAAAGGCAUGGUACACCACGCCGGAUCAGAGAAUAGCCAAGACCCAGUGAAAUUUCAACACACUUCUGCUUAACCCUCUAAAAAGCGCCCUGAUUGCUAAAGUUUUAGCGGACUGCAGUGACUCUGCGAUCCGCGUUAAAGUUCCAGGAAAGUUCGGGGUUGCUCCCAGUCAGGCGCACCAUGUCGCAACGGCCCCCUGGCCGGUGAAGGGUGACUCUUGAGCCGCUAGGAAGGGGUGCUGGGCUGUGAGACAUGGGCUGGAGGGUAUGUUGGUAGUGAAGGUAGUCUUUUAAAAGAGGGGUGGCAUUUGGGGAGGGAUGUAAGUGGCUUAGGUGGCGAGAGGGUCC